AAGACAGGAACUACAACUGCAGGGUCCUCCACUCUUUUACAGCUCACGUUAUGUGACAGCUCGUGAGCUGUAGUAUCAGAGCUACACUUUUAAUCGCGGUUUUUCCUCGAAAUACACUCAUUUUUGGCCAUUUCCGCGACUAAACGAGACCUCCUGCAAAAAACACCUUCAUCGGAGUGCAUUGACCCAGACAGUGUGUGACACGCGGAGUGUAAGUAAGUGUAAACCGAAGCCGGACUGCUCUCAAGCAACUUAAAGUCAUAGUUGACUUGUUUGUUGGGGAUCACAUGCACCGUAUAUGCCACGUUACUGCAGCCUUUAGCUAUAGGAGCUGUUUGUGUUAUUUCAAGACGGGACGUUCACACUCAAAUGCACGCAAUUCGUGAUGCGUUCGUGCUUUUUUGUGCGUGUUUGUGUGCAGAUUACCGUCCAUUCACACCUCAGUGUCACUCAGUGUUGUAAAUGCAAGUUUAUGCUCACUUUGAAGUUUGCUCCCGACCACAGAUCUGUUGGUUGCAUAAGUCUGAACUGCAGAAAGGCCGACUAAUGAAUGAGCUAUUAGUGCAGUGGGUGAAUAAAGUCCACAAAUACACUUUAAAAAAAUGCAUUUGUUUCCUUCAGACCCUGUUUACCUGCAUUUGGGGUCCAGUUUAGUGUGUUCAGGUGUGUAAUUUUCAGUUUGUUCAGUAGUGCCAGCCUAGUGCAUUUGUUUUCUUCUUUUUUUGCUGUGGUUCAGUGAACACAUCACCUAAAUAAUAAUUAAUUAUCUGGUAAGGUGAGUUAUUACCUGAUCUUGACCUACUUUGAACCCUCUAUGAAGAUCAACCAUGGGGAUAGGGAAGCUAUAGAACUAUUUGCAGUCAUAACAGCCAAACAAACAAUGCUACCAUUCAUGAUCAACGCAUAGGUUGUACAGGUGAACCUAAAUAGUGUGUCAACUGCACAUUUUGAACCCUAAUGUUAGGAAAAUAAAACGAUUACUGAGCCAAGUGCUCAUAUUGUUAUCUCAAACCACCAUUUUAAGCAACACAUAUUGUUUAAAAUUUAAUUUUACUUAUUAUCUCCCAUCUUCACACACACCAAGGUUGAAUUAAUGCUUUCAUCAGUCGUGUUUUGCUCCAUUUAGAUUUGUGUUUUUAGCAAAGAAGAGUCAAUGGACUCAACCCGGUAGAGUUAGAGUAAGUAGAGUGGCCAGUGGAUAAUGUAGCAUCACUGUGCCCUGUUAUGUUUUCUGUCUGUCCGCAGGGGCCAUGGCCUUCCUUGGGAGCACAGUUCGGCGGUUGGUGUCGGCAGUACGACCACCUCGCUCUCCCUUGUGCCGGACGCCUGCUCGCUCCUGCAGCUCUGAGCCCACCAAAGAAAAAAAUGUUCCUUAUGAGAAGACUCUCAAACAAGAUGGAUCUUCCUCUGGACCCACUAAACCUUUACCCAGGUUGGUUUAUGAUAUUUGUGCAUGAUAACCUCAGGUUGUAAAUAGCUUGGUUGAUGUCCCAGAAAUGAAAAGACAUGUCAUUGUGGCAAUAAUGGAUAUGGAGAAAAAUGCUUAUUUAUCUGGAGUUUUUGUAAUUAAGAAUAAAAUAAACACUUCUAUUUAAUUUCAAUCUAAUAAAAAAUUAAAGGCAAUAGUUUGAAAGUGGAAAUAUAGGAUAACUCUCCAUGGUGUACUUUACACAAGGUGUUGGAAACAUUUCUCAGAGCUAUUUGUCCCAAAGGUGCAGAAUUGGAUUGAGAUCUGGUGACUGUAGAGGCCACUGGAGUACAGUGAUCUCACUGUCAUGUUCAAAAAAUUGGCACUAAAGGGCCUAAAGUGUGCCAAGAAAACACCCCCACACCGUUACACCACCAGCAGCAGCCUGAACUGUUGAUACAAGGUAGAAUGGAUCUAUGCUGUUAACACUGAAUUCUGACCCACCAUCUGAACGUUGCAGCUAAAAUCCAGACUCAUCAGACCAGGCAAUGUUUUUUCCAAUCUUCUAUUGUCCAGUUUUGCUGAGCCUGUGCAGAUUGUAGCCUCAGUUUCCUGCUCUUAGCUGAGAGGAGUGCCACCUGGUGUGGUCCUCUGCUGCUGUGGCCCAUCUGAUUCAAGCUUGGAUGUGUUUUGUGUUCAGAGAUGAUAUUCUGCAUAGCUUGGUUGUAACAAGUGGUUAUUUAAUGCACUGUUGCUUCUCUAUCAUCUCCUACCAGUCUGCCCAUUCUCCUCUGACCUCCAACAUCAACAAAGCAGAGAUGGUUGUGCAUGAAAAUCCCAGUAGAUUAUCAGUUUCUGAAACACUCAGACCAAUCUGCCUGCCGCCAAUAACCAUGCUACAUUCAAAUUCACUUAAACCUCCUUUCCUUCUCAUUUUGAUGCUCGAUUUGAGCUUCAGCGAGUCGUCUUUACCAUGUAUACUUGCCUAAAUGCAUUGAGUUGCUGCCAUAUAAUUGGCUAAUUAACUGUUGGGUUAACAAGCAAUUGAACAGGUGAAUCUAAGAUGUAAGAUAACUAUGACUUUGUUGCUCAGCCCAUACCUAAAGAAACGCGGUAAAACAUAUGCAAACACAGAAUUGACACAUUGAUUCAUAUCCAUAUGCUGCUAAUUCUCCUCUUAAGGUCAUGCUCCAGUUCAACUGUAGGUGUCUGCUACUACCCUCAGGUCGGCAGAUGUGGUGGUCAUUGGAGGAGGCAGUCUGGGCUGUCAAACCAUCUACCACUUGGCCAAAAUGGGGAUGACAAACGCUGUUCUGCUGGAGAGAGACAGACUGACUGCUGGCACCACCUGGCACACUGCAGGUAACCUACUGUAAGAGUAUAUUAUAGCAGGGAGAAGGGACUUUCAGUGUCAGAUGAGAAUUAUAGUAGUCCUGGCAGGAGGAGAUAAAAGCAUGCCUAACUGUGUCAAGGUGUUUUCUGGGAAGCAAAAGACUGGUUUUGGAAAGUCUUUCACGCUGAUAAAAACAUGAUAUGACUACUGAAAUGAAUUGCUUCUCCAGAUUGAGGUUGUGAUCAAAAAUUAAGAUUUUUGCAGCUGUUAGAAAUAUUUGCUGAGAGAGGCCCUAGAUGUUCAGUGAUGUGGGUGUGUGCAGUGUCUGGGACAAUUAUGUCUUAUUCAUGUUAGGCUGUAGGAAGUUGUGGGCCAGUUUUUAAGGGUGGGGUAGGCAGGACUUCGUUAAAGAAGCAUCUUUUUUUUGUGGUGGAUAUACGAAAAAGCUUUUAAUAUCAGUCAGUAACUAUUAAGUAUUGAUGACAUUUUGGAAUAUAACGAUAUCGCUGUGUUUUGUUAUGUCUGUGUAGUCAACAUUUAAAAUUUUUUGAGCGGCCCGCUCUUUCUGACUGUUAACAAAGCAAAUUUCCACCUCUCUCAACCUGAUUGGUAGUGAGGUGGACCCUGCUCCCUCGUGCUGAUUGGUUGUGAGGCAGACGCUACUCCCUAGUGUCUGUAACAGAAGUGUUUCUUGUCAAACCUGCUGCAUGUUGUAGCGCCACUAAACUGUUUACCUCGGGUCCUGGAGUAUGUCACUAUCCUAGUUUUAGAAGUCUUGCAAACAUUGUGUUUGCUGGUAGUCCAUUGCCAUCAGUAGCACCAAUACUUGAUACUUGAACGUUGACUGGGCCCCAUUUGUAAUUAUCUUAAGUAUUUAUCUGCAUUAUAUCUGAAUUUAUUUAGAACAAUACGAGUGAGCAGGAGCGUCUGUUUGUGGGCGGGGCUUGCUAGAGAGGAGAGGGAGGGGAGAGGAGGAGCUGAGGGGAAAACUGGUUGGGAGGGGUUGUGUUUACAUUCAAGAUUCCUCCCAAAACUGGCAUUUCCUCAGAUCCUGCCUACCCCACCUUUAAUGUCAGUCAUACAGUUAGAAAGUGAUGGAUAACAGGGAGGUAAAGCUUGGUGUCAUCAGCAUAGAAGUGAAAAUCAAUGCCAUGUCUACGGAUUACGUCCAAGAAUCAACUGACCCCGAGGUGCCCCACAAGACAAAGUAACUCUGGAGGACUGUAAGCUUCCAAUAGUAACUCCAGAUUUAAAUAAACAUGUUAAAAGCUGAACCAGAGAAACUGACCCAGAGUUUAAGACAUUGCAGUAAAAUCAAUUGGUGAACAGUAUCCAAUGCUAACCCUAAAUUUCCCAGUUGUUUCCCAGUCAGAUAGAUCAAUAAAAUCUAUCUAUCUAUCUAUCUAUCUAUCUAUCUAUCUAUCUAUCUAUCUAUCUAUCUAUCUAUCUAUCUAUCUAUCUAUCUAUCUAUCUAUCUAUCUAUCUAUCUAUCUAUCUAUCAGAACUAGAAUUGAAGAGUUGGGAUGAUGGGAUGAGAUGCUUUUUGGGAAGUUAUUGAAUGAUUGCUUUAAUGAUAUGAAUUAUUUUUUGAUUAAUUAAUUAUUCUUUAUUGAUUAUUGUUGGUAGGAUAUCAAGUGAACAUGAGGAGUGUUGAAUUCUGCUGAUUAUCUCAGUGAGAGUGUUGUGAGAAAUGAUUGCUUAGUAAUGGUUCAAUCUCCAUUAACAGAGUAUGACUCACACUGUUUUCCUCACCUGAACCCUUGUCUUAUCUCAUUAUAGUAUCUCCUGUCAAACAGGUUCCUACAGUGUUGAUAAGACUUCCUACAGUUUAUGUGCUGUAUUCUUAACCCACAUUGUGCCCAGACAUUGUGCAGCAGUCUAACAUAAAAAUGUGUGUGUUUGUUGUCCAGGUCUGCUCUGGCAGCUAAGGCCCAGUGAUGUGGAGGUAGAGCUCCUGGCUCACACUAGAAAUGUGAUCAGUAAAGACCUAGAGGAGGAGACGGGUCUUCACACAGGCUGGAUCCAAAAUGGAGGACUCUUCAUUGCCUCCAACAAACAGAGGCUGGAUGAGUAUAAGCGUCUCAUGUCGGUGAGAACCAAACACUCUCUACUCUUAGCAUUUGGAAAGUGUUGUUUCCAUGAUCAUAAGAGUCAAUAUUUUCUUAUUUGAAUACUUCUAUGUUUAGCUGCCGUUAGUCGAUGUUUUAGUUUGUGAAGGGAUGUUUGCUUGACAUGAUGAUGACACGAGAGCAGUGAAAGGCUUUGUUUGCUCAUGUUUUGUGUUUUGGAAGUCCAAAGUUCAUUUGAAAACUUCUCCUCAUCAAUACACAAUGCAAAACAGAUUCAGCCAUGUGCAUUCAGCAUGUUGAAAACUGAAAUUCCUCACUUAUAAGAACACCAAAACUGAUGCUUUAAGUGACUUAGGAGCUUGACAAGGAAAUUCAUGUACUUGUAAACCUGAAAUCUUUAACUUAAGCACAUGUAAAGAGUGUUGUUUAUUUAUAUGUUUUAUUUGAUUUCAAAUAAAUCUUAUAAUCACAAACAAAUACCCUCUUCCUAUUUCUAGCUGGGUAAAGUUUAUGGUAUUGAGUCCCAUGUGCUGUCACCUGCUGAGACUAAGGACCUGUAUCCUCUGAUGAACAUUGAUGAUCUCUAUGGAACUCUGUAUGUACCAAAAGAUGGGACCAUGGACCCAGCCGGCACGUGCACCACCCUCUCCAGAGCUGCAUCAGCCAGGGGGGCCACGGUAACGUAUAGAUUAACUCUAUCCAUACAAAUAACAUACUAAAGGGGAUUUGACUGUAAUUUCAGCCCAGUAAAGCUUACAUUUUUUUAGUCAGCUCGUUUUAAUUGUAAAACUGGUUAAAAGUUGUUUGUGCAAAAAGACGCUUUUCUGUGUAUUAGGUAUCAGUUUUAAUAUAAAAAAAUGUUCAGGUAAGCCUUCAUAUUCAAAACUAAGUCUCAAAAAUAUGUUGAUAAGCUUAUCUAUUCUGUUUGGAUCUAUAUGUAAAUGCAAAAUACCUUUUUUUCACAUUUUGAAAGAAUCCCACUUUGCACAUAAUCCCUCUGACCUACAUGCAAACUCAACUAGUAAGCAAUUUUGUUAUCUGCAGUUCAAGUUUGUGUUUGUGUGUGAAAAAAUAGCUCUUGUUCUAUCUCGUUCAGAUAGAAGAAGAAAAUCCAGUGUAGAUAAGUGAGUCAUAACCUUGUGUAAAGCUAAACAUUAAUUGCUGUUACGACCAAAUGACUUCCCAAGUGUCAGUAAGUGUGACUCUACUUGCCUAAUUUUUAGGACUGGAAUAAAAAUACCUGCAUAUUUGUAGUGGUGGGUACCUCCACUGCACAGUUCAAAAGAUUAAGGGGUAAAACUCAAGAGAAACAUGAGCUUUCGCAAAUAUGUCUGUGCAGGGGCAGGCCUUUCAGAAAAAGUUGCUAACUUUGGUCUUAGGUCUGACCUUUUGGCCUCACAAAGGUCGCUUCUUGGGGGAAGAUCACCAUAGUAACUGUGACUGCACAGCUGCUGGACUGCAGGAUAAGCUCAGGCUGCUUUUAUAAUUCACAGACGUGUAAGAGCACAGAAUCAAAACCACAUUAAGAAUAAUAAUAGAAGAGGUGUGGCCACAGUGCAAACAGAAAGGCUUUUAACUUUAAUGAGCAAAUGUUAAAGGGUCUGUAAAUAUUAGUUUAGUUUUAUUCAAAACUUGAAUAUUACAUACUGGACAUAUCCUGGAUAGAGCCCUAUAUAUAGAGGGAAUAAGUCCUGGACAGAUUAUUUUACAGGAAUUACAUGUGUACUUAUAUUGAAUUAAAUCAAAUUAUACUGUUACAUAUUAAAUCGAGUCUUAUUAAAUCAAUGUAUUUUAUAGUAAUGUAUCUUAUAUUCUGUUGCAAAUAUUGCAUGGUAUUUUAUCGUGAUAUCUGGUUGUAUUUUACCGUUAAAAUCUGGAUAUCUUGCCAGCAUGCUGCACAGUCAGCAUACAUUAUCUCCACGAUUCUUGUUGAUAUCACUUCACUCUUAAAUCAGGUGAUUGAGAACUGCCCUGUGACUGGUAUCCAAGUGCGGACAGAUGACCUCGGAAUAAAAAGAGUAAAGGCGGUGGAGACAGCUCACGGGACUAUUGAGACACCCUGUGUGGUGAACUGUGCUGGUGAGUUAGACACACUCAGUUUUUAUUCCAGAGAAAAUUAAUCACAGGUUAAAAACACUGAAAAAAAUUGGGAAUAGGGGAAUCUGCAAGAAUUCCUUUCUUCCAGGAGGUAUGAAUGUGAGGAUAUGUUGCUUUUUGUGUCUCAUGCAGGUGUUUGGGCCGCCAAACUGGGGGAUAUGGCUGGAGUGAAAGUGCCGCUUAUUGCAAUGCAUCAUGCUUAUGUGGUGACAGAGAGAAUUGAAGGCAUACAGGUAGGAUCUCCUGAUAUCAUAUGUGUACAGCUUGGUUGUUCAUUAGAUUAUAGAUAAAAUUAUCCACUUACAUGGUGUUCAGUAGCCCCUGAUGGCACACUGGCAAAAAGCAGGUUGGACUGGCAAAGUUUUAUAUAGCAACAAAACUAUGGCUAUAAGUUCUUUUAUUGCUGUCAGUAAAGACACCAGAACAUGAGGAGGACUCCUUUUUAUUUGUCAAGAAUGUUACUUUAUUUUUUGGUUUUGUUGUGUAUUGAGUCAAAGCUUGUUAAUGUGGCAUCGGAAGACAGAAGUCAACGAAAGGGGAUAAUAAAAUAACUCAAAAUCACUGAAGCGCUAGAAUAACUUUCGUAGAUGUAGUCAUAUUGUUUCCGCCUCUGACUUUGCUUUUUUCCGACUUGGUUACUAAAACGCUGGGAACUCAGGUGUGACGUCAUUUCCAACUCCGACAUCUGACUUCCGAGGUAACUCGAACGCAGCGUUACACCUGCAUCUAAUGAUAGAUUGUUUUACAAACAUUUGAAUCUGGAAGGGAACUUUUUCAACCCUCCAAAUAAUAGUAUGUUGGUGUCUGAAGCUAAAUAUUAAUACAGUAUGCUCUGUUUGCAGUAUCUAGAGCAGUGUGAGGGCUGAGGUUUUAGUUAUUAACAAAAUUAACCAAACACCCCAAACUAAAAUUUCAAACUUUUAAGUAAACUAAAAUAAGAAUAAAAAUAAAGGAAGGCUUUAAACAAUAAAAGACAACUCUAACGCCAAUUUCAAAAUUCACUGGUUCACUGUUCACUAUUUUGAGAGAGACUGUGUGUGAAAAAAGUUCAAAAACUCUAGAAUAAUGUUAAUAAGAAAUAAUUAAUCACACAAAAUGCACACUGCAGGUAUCUUGAUAGAGAGCUUACAACUUAUCUUCAACACUAUAUAAAAAUGUCCUUAGAGUCUUUGUAUUAAGUCAGUCUGACCAACAGGAGGCACUGUGAGAUAACAUAUGUUCGGACUAGUGUUGGAGAGUGUUUGGAUGAGACUGUGUUCAUACAGAUUGUGAUGUUUGUUUGUUCUCUAAAUGCUGAAAAGGUCUAUUUUUGUUGGGGUUUAGGGCUCCUAAGUGUAUAGAUAUAAAGCAUCUGUCAGAAUCUGUGUACAUGAUCCACAGUGGCUCUGUGACUGUGGAUCUUGUGUGUGUUGGGCUUAGUUAGUGUACACAUGCAUAACUGUGCUCGUUCUCCAGAGGCCUGCGGUUUUAGGCGGGCUGUCACAGCUUUCCUGUAUUAUGUAGUUUAAGAGCAGCUUAGCCAGCAUUACUGCCACAUCAUGUACACACAGACAUCAGCCCACACACAAUAUGACACACUUACACACUUAGACACCAUUAGAAAAUGUGUUCCCAUCAGGACAUGCAACUUGUCAGGUCACACAUCUCAUGCUGACCACAUGCGUGUCUGUGACUGGAUGUGUUAUGGUCCCCUGAGGCUGUGCUGGUGUCACAUUUGAAGUACAGAGCUUGCUUAUGACUGGUGUGUGUUUUAAACUGCGUGACUGUCUGACAAGUCCAGCUGAGUGUUUUGUAUUCAGUAUUGAUUACAUGAGUUGAGCUGCCCCACAGUGCAGGGAAGAUAGUUUGACUUUUGUCACAGACUGAGUGCUGUUUCCCAAAUGUCAGCUUGUUCGUUGGUAUUUCUGUUUUGUACCCAGAAAGCUGACAGAUUUCCGAAUAAGAAGCGCUCGUGACAGAAUAAAACAAAAGACACAACACACUCAAGUGUAACUAUUCAUUAGACAUUCCCCAAGAGUGUUUACUCUGACUCAAGGGGAUGAAUGCUGCUCUCUGCUGGGAUUUGAAUGAGGAUUUCAUGGUAUAUCAGUAGCUGCCAUACCAUACAUAAAGAAACGCCAUGGUUUGUUAAGGUGUUUUCCACUGGUGCUAUAAAGAUUUAAUGGUUGUUAUUGCUUGUAUUAUAUACCCUGGUCUGUACAUGUGCUUCUGUUAAACAGAAAUCAAUCGCACAUAAAGACCAUUUCAGAUCUGCGUGGAAACAGGGAUUAGUUUUGGUUUCUUUACUUUGAGUAAAAAUAUUCUGAAAUUUGUCAAUUUAGUCAAGAAACAUUAGAAGAGUUUGAUUCACAACAUUGUUGCACAGUAAUUACAGCUAAAGUAACCAAGCAUUUCCUUCAGAUUUGUUACCAUCAAUUGGCCUUUCCUUGAAUUAACGACAUGAGGAGUUAAUUGGUUUCAAAAAUGUAUUUAAAUGUUAAAGAAAUGUAUGUUGGGGUACUUUAUUCUUCUUUUCUAUGUUGUUGCAGAAAAAAAAAACUAAAUCUAAAAACUCAAGCUGACAUUUACUUUUGUUUAUAAAGCUUAAUCUGCCCACACAGUAUUAUAGAUCUUAAUUUUUUUUGGAUGUUUCCAUUUUAAUUUUCUUUUUCAUUUCAGAACAUGCCUAACGUCAGGGACCAUGAUGCAUCAGUGUACCUGCGCCUCCAAGGUGACGCUCUGUCCGUUGGGGGUUAUGAACCCAACCCCAUCUUCUGGGAUGAGGUAAACUUGAUUAUCACAGAAAUGACUGACCGUCUCAUUGUCUUUCUGUAAUUCUGAGUCUCUCCAUAUCGACUGUCUCUGCCUGAGUGAGAAGUAUGACGCAGCGUCUAUCCUGUUUGGCAUAAAAUCAAUACUUCAAUGAGGAAACUGAAUGAAGUUUAAUCCUGUUAUAUAGUCUGUGUCAGUUUGACCCCCUCUCUUGUUCAUUGAGUUUUAUUUCCCAUGUCUUAAUAACUUGCUGCUUUAUUAUCUUGGAGGUCAAAACAUCCCUUUAAUGGGACCAAUACUUAGUGUGUGUGUAUGUGUGUGAAGGUGUGUGUGUAGGGAGGCUUACCUACCUCUCACUUACAAAGUUAAAAGAUGUAGUAUUACAGUUUUAUCACUAUAUUUUAAGUCUUUUGUUUAAAACCUUAUUUAAAGCAGCAGUGAUGAGUUUUUUAAAUUUAUGAAAAAGACUGAAAUUCAUAUUGACAUUUUAUACGAUACACAAAAGCGAACAAGAUUGUGUGACUAUAGAAUAAACACAUCUGUUAUACACACUGUUUAGGUUUAUUGGACCCAGUGUUUGAUAUGUUCAAACUCAAGUUAUGAACAUUUUUUCAGAGCCUCUAAAGAACAAGAUCAAUCACUCGAGAAAACCGAAUUAUUGCCUUACUCCGAUUAAGACCAGACAACUAAAGUGCAUGUUAACACCGUAGUCCGACUAUAAUCAGAGUUUGAGAAUUCUGAUUGGAGUCGGAGAACUCCGAUCAAGACACCCAGAUUGUAUGGCGACUAUCCAAAACAAUUUAGCCGCCGAGAGGCUAAGUGGGGGAAAACGGUACCUUGCCCGACGCGCUGGCUGUAUACACUUCAAAAAACAGGCUGUAUCUCCGUUUGUAGAUUUAUUAAUGCAAAAGACAAAAAAACACUUACAUUAAACAGAAAAGGGCAGUUGUUCACAAAACCGCUGACUUACUACUACCGGUGCUGACGAACUACCUCCACCCACACCACGUGACACUCAUCCCCGUAUAUAACCACACAAUACAUAAAUAUUAUAAAAGAUCAUGGCUACCACAAUGAACUGGCAUCUACACAGAUAAUGCGAUUGGAAUUCGAUUUUCUGUACCAUGUAACCAGCGUAGUCGGAGUAUGAUUGGACAAUGCAUCUGCAUGUGCGCCACGCCCCCGUAACCCUGGAACAAAAACACUAGAGAAGAAGAGUAGCGUUCACCUCAUCUGCAGAAAAAGUAGCGCGUGCAUCAUGUACGACAAAAACAGCGCUGUAUGAUGCUUCAUCUUUGUGCUCGAAAACGCCCAGCAGCAGUUGUAGACACUUCUGACGUCUUGCACGGACCUGCUGUUGUUGUUGAUAGUUGUAUGGGGUCGGAAACAGCAUAGCUGAAAAGACCUAUAUCGCCCCUAGUUUUGGGAAGCAGGACAUGUUCACGUCAAUAAUUCAAUUUUCACGGCUGCACGAAUACGCGGACAAGGAGAGAAGUUUGAUUUAGCGAAAAAAAAAAAAAAUUAAGAGCUUAGUCCGAUUAAGCUGUGCAUGUAAACGCACUGACAGCGAUUAUAAAAGUGUAUUUUUUAAAGAGAUGUUUUUAAUGGGAAAAAUUCAUGUCAUUAAAAAAGUUAUUUCAGUUAUUAGCAGAAGUCAAGGAUCUGAACACCUGCUUUUGAGGCUUUUCCCAGAGGUAUGAUCAUCAUAAUACACACUUCAAGGGAGAAUAACUCCUUGACUUUUAUGACGUUAUUGUUUUUCUUCAGCACCACCCACAAACUCUGUAUUUUUGGUACCACUGCUGGUAAAAUUGCUUUCAUUGGAACAUUAAAACCAAAGUAUUUUUCAUAAAAGACAGAAAUGACAAAAGGCUGUGGAGAAAAUUAUUCAUAAAAGUGAUCAUUGAGGCGGUUCUUUUGUGCACAGACAGACUGUUUAAAGUGGAGUUGAAUUUGGAGAUCAAUCAUUAUAAAAGCUCGAAUUGUCAGGAGAUCUUAAUGGAUGUGUACUUUCUGUCAAGGACAGAGUUUGGUGCAUUUUGUUAAGUAGAGUGGACGUCUCAGUGGCAAGCUUUUUCCCCCCUGUCCUUGUUUUCCGCACUAAUAACUUCUCCUUCCUAAUACUUGAGAUUAUUUAUGCAUGUACUCAAGCACAGGACUAUAUGUACUGUGCAUUCAGUUGAGCAACACAGCCCUUCACUUAUAGCACAAAUAAAUAUUGCCAUUUAUUCAGCCUGUUUAAGAACAAGGAUCAGCAAGGAUCCUAGAAAAGUAAAGAAAUGUAAGUGACUCAGUGGAUACUGAUAAUGUGUUCUUGUCUGCUGGACUGAUUUCAUGACCCUUUGUUUAUACAUUUGGCUGCUUGCCUGUCUACACACAAAAAAUCACAAGGUUUAGUGUCGACCCCAGCGUGGAUCUAACCGACACAUUAAUCGUUUAGCUUUUCCCUAAACUAAAAAGGUGUGGAAAGAUAAAGUAUUUUAAGUGCGUCUAUCCUUUGUUGUCUGCCUAACGUAGUAUUGGUUAUAUUCUCGAGAGACUGUUUGGUACUGGAUCAAUGUCUGAGUCUGUGGGUGGUUUUGUUGCCUUUGGUACUGAGGACAUGACUUUGGGUUCAAACACCUUAAAAACUGACUCAGCAUUGGCCUAAAGAGCACUGAUGCAACACUAGGUAAGGUUAACCUCGUUUUGCAUCAUAGCUGCAUUCAGCCGCAUACGGUCAGUUUUAAGAUACCAGCACUUUGGUACACAUCAGAGCACCGAUACAGCACAUAGGUAACUUCUGGUUGAUCAUAAUUGGAGAACUACCCUUUAUUUAAGCCACUGUCUCCUUAAAGCUCCCUAGCAUUCUGGGAGCCUCCUUCACUGCUGCCACGCAAAAAAGUUGUGUUUCCUCUAUAUUAAGGAGAGUCACUGUCUGGUCAUGUCACAGUUGGAGCAAAUAUGAGUUUUUGAAUAAGCCAUUCAGAGCACCCUGUAGUCCCAUCUAGGGAUUACUUCAACACACAAUAACCUUCCAACCUGAAACUUUGCUCAUGUAAAGCACUGAUGUCCAAUUUUUUAACUUAAAAUUGUAUUUUAAAAUAUAAAAAAAGCAUAACACCACCUCUUUUUUUUUUUUAAACAACUUUUAAUAGGAUAGAAAUGCAUAAUAAUAUUAAAAAACAAUGAACAAUUCUCAUUAUGUACAGUAUCUAUGUGUGCGGUAUUUAGUACCGCCCUCAUUUUACUUCAUGUGAACUUUUUUUGCUGUAAAUGAAAUGUCCCCCUGCUGGCCAUCGAAGGGAAUGCAGAUUAAAGUUCCUUUUUUUAUACAAAGUGGGCUUGUAUUUGAAACCUAUCUUUCCUAAGUGUGUUACUUGCAGCUGCAGUUCCUUAAUGGGAGUAAAGCUGAAUACUGCUGCAGAUGGGGUGAUGAGUAAAAAGUGUUUUAUUCACUGAAAGAAGACUGACCUAUAGAAACCUUUAAACUAAAGUACAGUCCUGAGUAUUUAGACUUCUUCACAUUGAUAUCCCCAAAGUCUCCUGUUUUGAUUUUAUGUUUCUAUAUGUACAAUAGUCCUGGGUUUAAUCACCUCACUGUACAGGGUCAUGUUUCCACAGUACAUGACUUGAGCUAAAUUGACCCCAUAUGAAUUUGUUUUGUAACCUCAGGAUUUUAGUGCGUUGGUUUCGCAUUUUAGAGUCUUUUUUUUGUGCUGAAGCUGCUCCUUUUGUUCCCGUCAUGCAGCUGAGCAUUGCUUUGAUGUCUUGAGGCGCGUGGAGAAAGAAAGAGGAGAUAAAGAAAGAAGAAUUAGUGCAGAGACGGGGGAGAAUAGACGAAGCCUACCGAGUGAAGAUGAGCAGGAUCGAUGGCUCGGGAGGGAUUGAGAGAAGUGUUGUCUAGGACAAAGAACACUGCUCUUCAGAUACUCCAGUUGAGUGUCAGAGCUGGGUAAUAAUGCAGAAACUCUUUGUUCACAUGAAAGCAGCGCCCAUCAGUUUGCACGUCCCUCUGAUGUUCCAGCCUUUAUCAGAACUGAAGUGCUGCUGUUGAUGUUAAUUGUAAAGGAGUCAGUUUUCUUCAGUAGUUCUCUCCUACUGCAGGGUCCUGAUUUUAAGAGUCACCUAUGUUUGACAUGUGCUGCAUUCUGGACGAGACGAGUAUAUACAGCCUUGUGCAUGAGCAGUGACAACACACAUAAAAAGAGACCAUUUCAUUCUGUGUUUGUGUGGAGGUUGCAUUUAACGAACCCAGAGUGAGGAUUCAACAACCCCCUGAGGAGACAUGACCGGAUCAGUACCAAGAUAUAGGGGAAUAAAAUGUCACAGAGCAUUUAAGCCGGACCUACACCUUUUAAUUUGAACAACAGAGUCCGUCAGAUUAGUAAAGGUGGGGAAAAUAUCAGGAUAAUGUGGUUUAAACUCCUCGGCAUGAGUUGCAGGAGCUAAAUGAUGAAUAUUAUUCUUGCUGAUGAGGAGGGAGUACGAGCUGUCCAGAUGGAAAGAAAUUAGAGCUUGGACAAGGAACUGAGGGAUGGAAGGGUCUGAUUUAACUCGUGUUGACUUCUUGAUGAGUGGAGUCAAUGCAACAGAUGCUUCAGGAUUGUGUAGUUGUUGUAACGAGUGUGUCCUCGCCGUGUCUACAGUCAGAAGAAGUAACUUUGACUUGUGUCAUUGUGUUCAUGUCAACGAUGAUGAGGAAAAAAGCAAAAGUCUGUAUGAUUCUCUGGCUUUAACAUUCAACAUUGAUCAGACUUUUUGUGGAAAACAUGAACUGAACAGCGAACAACGAGAUCACAGAGUAGCUAUAACUAAUUUUUAAACAUGUUUAUAAUGCUUUUUUUCUUACCUUUUUGGAGACAUUUUGUUUUUCUUUUUAGCUAGUCAGAUGUGGUUAUUCAUAUUUUAAUCAUGCAUCAACCACCACAGUGUUGCUGAAGCAUAUAUGAUCGCUUGGUUUGACUUCAUUUUGUAUUAUUUCAUAUUACAUCAUCAUGGUUUAGCAUAACUCUCCCAGGGAUUUCCUUUCUUUUAUUUUAUACUUGUUUAUUUUUAAUACAACUAGUAAAUCUUGAAAAAAGGCUCAAAUAAAAAUAUUCAAAAGCUUCUUUAAUCUCCUUUUCUUGCAAAGGAGACUUUGGUACAAAAUCUGCUGAUUUGCACCUUCUCACAUUUUCUUACAUUUCACACAUUUUUCUUCCAAGAAUGAUGUUUUCCAGCAGAAAGACAUGUAAUGUACUUGGACCAUGAAACUUGUGUUAGAAUGAGUAUAAAAUUUUCUUGAUAGAGUCAGUCCUUGCACACGACUGAAAAUACAGGAAGUAAGCACAUUUGUUUGUUUUGUUCGCCAGGUGUCGGAUAAAUUUGCCUUCAGCCUGUUUGAUCUGGACUGGGACGUCUUUAUGCAACAUAUUGAAGGUGCAAUCAAUAGAGUUCCUGUUCUGGAGCAGACCGGCAUCAAAUCCACUGUGUGUGGACCAGGUACUCACAAACACAGACACAUAUGCACACACCAAUAAACACACAUUCUAGCACAAAACAAUAAUUAAUUUUAAAAAGUUUGACCACAUCACUUAAAGUCAAACUGCUGUAACUGCUGCUGCAACUUGACAUGCACUGGUUGUGUCAGCAGUGUUUGACCUAUCACAAACAUGAGAAAGUUGCUCUUGGCUGAUUAUGUUUUACUUACAAAACGAGCUGGAAUUAGAAAAAUAUGUAGUUGAGCACAAUAUUCAGAGGAAGUUUAACACAGCUGCAUUUACAAAACGAAAGAAAAAGACUCAUCAUUAGCAAACAAUCGAUCUGUUCACUCCUUGAAACUAAUAUCCUUGCUCAGAUCAAUUGUUGUUACCUGUAAGAGAGAUGUUAAUAUCAAUACUGAGGCAUGUGCAGAGCCGCUCUAAUGGAAACACUUUUCCACUAAAACUCAAAAGAACGACAGAAACGGGGUGAAAAUAACAUUAAAAGUUGUGAGCUGACCCUAACUCACUUCAUCUUCUCCAGUAUGUUCUUUCUUACUCCUGUGUUGAUACUGUGGUUAGGUUCAAUUACUUGUCACCUUCAGACAAAGGUUACAAAAAUGUUGGGGUGUAUGUAUCUGUCUCCAAAUGCCAACUUUUUUACAGAUAAAUUUUAUUGUAUUGAUAAUAAAAUAGCAGCAAAUUAACAAAAAGACAUUUAUGGGGGGGUUGAAUGCUGAAUGAAAAUAAAGCAAAUAAGAUGAAGAGGAAAUAAAAACUUGUGAAAGAAUUACAUUAAAGGUAAAAAGUGGUUUUAAUUGGAUAAAACUACCACAGUAUCUAUUUGACAUUGAAAAAAUGACCCUCUUAUGAGUUGACAUUCAAGGAAAACUAGAGAUGAGAAGAACUUGGGAGGAAUGGAAAACAGACCAUGAUGCUUGGAAAUUAUAAGUAAGUGUCUGUCGUCAAGGACCUCGAGCUUAAAGGAGAGAGAACUCAUAGAAGGUGAAGGAGAUUAAAAUGUUUUCUUCUUUCAAACUCACGCUGUUUUUGUGGUUGAAAAGCAUCCCUUCACUUGUGACCCUGUCUGUAAGGUUGCUUUUUAAGUUUUGUAUUUUUCUGAGUCCUUAACAGUCUCCUUGGAGCAAACUGAAUUCUGAACAAUGGUCUGAGUGUUAUGAGCUUAAUGAGCACCAGUAGUGUCUGCUCAAGAGGAUUAAAGACAAAGGAAUACGCACUGUAGAGAGGUCUCUGCUAAACUUGUGUGUUUCUUAUUUGUUGCCACUUUUUCCUUCAGAGUUUAUCUUUUCUUGCGUUUUCAGAGUCGUUCACAGCAGACCAUAAACCGCUGAUGGGAGAAGCCCCAGAGGUCAGAGGUUUCUUUCUGGGCUGCGGCUUCAACAGUGCUGGUAAGAGCUGCUUACUUUUAAGAAGGAAUAGAUAUCAAAGUCAGACUGUCAAUGUCAUAAAUCUGGAUACUUUCAAAUAAUUUAUGUUAUAGCGCUUUCCUCAAGGGGGAAGGGAUGAAAUGAUAGAGCUUGAAAGGUCAAAGGAAUCUUCGCGGUGUGGUAAAAUAAACAGAAAGGAAAAACAAGCGGGGAGAAACAGCCAAAGAGUGUUUUUCUUUCCUCGAUUUUGACCCAGUCAUAGCCGAUCUCUGUAGACACUCUUAAGGCACAAAUAAAUAAUGGAGUGCCUCUCUUUUUCACUGAAUCCACAAAGAAAACACACACAGACACACACACACACACACACACACACACAUGCAUACAUGUAUCAACAACAACCCAAGUCACUUUCUUCUUCCUCCAUUAGCUUACCUUUGAUAACUGCGAGGAAUGUGAAUAUCUCAGCAGUCUGAAAAACAGAGAGAGAAAGGGAGGGCAUGAAGGGUAAAGCAGUCCGCACCAAGGUCAAGAGACUGUUGAGGAAAUGCUUGAAGGAAUGAGGCUUAAAAACUCCAAAGGAAGACGUUCUGAUGAGAGCGAUGAAGAUGCAAACGUGAGCUCAUAAUGUGUUCCAGCAAUGAGUUUUUAUAAAGACAAAUGAAGCCAUAAUACCUGCUGCAUUGGGCGCUGGAGAUGUUUUCUAAAAACCAGAGUCAACCAACCAUAAGAAUGUUUCGUUGGUGUCUUAUAUGGUAUUUACAGAGCACUAUAUGGUAUUUAGCACACUGACCAAAGCUUGUGCUGAAUCAAAACAAUCUAAAACAAGGAGACAAAGUGUUGUUGAAGAUGACAUGACAUUAGCAGGUGUGUUUUCAGCCAUGACUGGUUUUUAAUGUAAGUUUUAAACGCAGCAGCUCUCACCUUUUUCUCGUACUCCUGCAACAUCUUUGACUGGUUUGCAGCAUCCAACCAUGCCAACCCGCUUUCCCCCCUUUUCAUAAACCACUAUUGGGACUACAUUUUUUCAACAUGUGUAAAAGUAUUUUCAGAUUUAAUCUUAUAAAAGAGAAUAAAUUAGCAGUAAUAUUUGUGCUGGAUUAAUCUCUGUAUUACGACGGAGCAUUAGGGCCACAUUAAAAAAAAAAGAUUUCAAGGAUAAAGUCAUUACUCACGAAAAUAACGUCAUUACUAAUGAGAAUAAAGUCGUAAUAAAGUAUUUACUUAUGAGAGUAAAGUCCUUAUAUUCUAAUCUGUUGUUUAUGAAUAGAGUUGUUGAAAUGAGAGCCAUGGAGCAUUUUGUGAAAAUGGUAAUGGCUUUAUCGCGACUUUAUUCUCCUAAGUAAGCAAUUAAUUUAUUACGACUUCAUUCUUGUAAGUAAUUCUCGUAAGUAAAUAUUUUAUUACAAAUUCAUUCUCAUUAGUAAUGACUUUAUUCUUGCAAAUUUAAGACUUCAAUAUCGAAGUCUUAUUAUUAUUUUUUUUGUUUAUAUGGCCCUAAUACUCCAUCGUACUGUAUUCAUGUUCUUGGUAAAAAAGAAAUAAUGAAAUUUAAAAAAAAAGAAUUUGACCCUUUCUGUUGUGUUAAAAAUGUGAAUCUUUGCAGGCUCUUGUUGGCUCAUUUAUAUAAUUAUGAGUUGUGUUGUUCCCAGGAUCAGUGCAGGGUAUCAGAAAUGUUUUUCCUGUUUUUGCCAGUUUGAGGAAAAUUGGUCAUUAUUGGUUUAGCUUUCUUAAAACCCUGCUGUUUUUUUUUUGUUUUUCCUCAUCUUUAUGCAGAUAAAUAAGUAAUGUGUCUAUCUGAAAUGAUCAUCUUCAUAUCCGGUGGGUUGCUGGGACAAGAUCAUUGAAAUGGGCCACCUGUUGCAGAUAUACCACACCUGCUAACAGGGACUGGAUAAUGAGGGAUUAUGCACAGCAAGAAUGGCUCAAAUGCCUGUUAUUAGUGCAAACACACACAGUUGGAUUCAGCGUGCACUCUCUAUCGAACAAGUCAAAGCAGGAACUCUGUAAAGUCAACUCUGCCUUUUUUUUUUUUCUAUCUCUGCUUUGUCAGUCUCUCUUCCUCUGACCCCUUUGUCUCUCUGACUCAGGGAAAAUCUCGUGGUUAUCUUUCUUUCACAUUCUCUCUGGAACUCACACGGCUUAUUUUGCUCACAGCAAGGGAAGACAACAAGGCUAAUUCAGAAACCAUGGGGCCAAAGUUAGCUGAUUCACAUUUAGAGACCGAUCAUUGGGUGCACAGUUGUCCUCCUUUUCUUAAUUUUAAGAUGUUUUACUUGAUAGAGCUCAUUGUGCUGUUUUUUUUUUUGUGCUUGUUGCUUAGCAACUUUGAAGUUUCUCACUCUUUGUGUCAAACGCCAUGCUGAACUUCUUACUUUGAGAGCACUUAUUUCUUGUAAUUAUGGGCCUAUUAUUGCUUUUCACUGCUGCACCUCUUCACCCCACCCAAAUCAACAUCCUAUUCUUAAUCACAAUAAUGAGUGCCUUCUCAGGUAUUGUUGCUAGUUAAGGCUUUUGACAAAUAAUAAGACAAAGAAAAUGGCCUGUAUCUAAAAGAGAAAAGUAGAGAAAAACAACUGGGUUUGGUCGUUCAAAGAUCCUUUCAGUCAAAGAAUCUGCAAAUGGAGGUUCGCACCAUUCCAGAGCUGUUGUCUGAUCAAACAGUAAAAUCAUGAUUCAUUGACCCACGUUCUACCGGGUAGGGCUGGGCGAUAAAAUAAUAAUGAGAUAUAUCAAAAAUUAAUUUCCCUCGAUAACGAUAUGAAACAUGGUCAAUAUGCUUUUCGAUAACCGGCAUUCUGUCAUGUUUUGGUAGACUAUGCGAAUAGCCAUUGAAAAGGGGAGUUGCUCCAAGUCCGCACUGCGCUGAACCAAUCAUGUGCUGAAUUAGAACCAAGUGGCAAACAAUGCGUAGUAGCAAGCCGCAGCUACACGCAACACGUGAAGCCAACAACACUGUUGGUGAGAAAAAAAGAAAUGCAGAUGAAAGCUCAACAGAUGACAUGCUACCAAUAAGUACUGUUAAAUUUCAUUUAAGAGUAACAGGGAACAUUUACGAUUGAUAAGUGAUUUUUUUAUAUCAUGUUAUAUAUUUUUAUUUGUAUUGACUGAUAUGAAAAAAAAUAUAUUGUGAUACAUUUUUUUCCCAUAUCGCCCAGCUCUACCCCCAGGUUUACUUUAACAGUGAGACUCCACCAGUCUAGGAGUUUAAAAUGGACCAAUUCUCAGACAAAGCUACGCUAAAAUCAGACACAAAAGCACACUUUUCAAAAAGAUGAGCUUCCAUUCCAGGUAACCUAAAAAACCUUUCAAGAUAUUUACAGUUUUGUGACAGGGUUUCAACGCAAGUAUGGAAAAGUAUGGAGAUAAAUCUGAUCAGUUUCCAGGUCUUGAAAAGUAUGGAAACUGAAAAAUAAAGUGUGGAAAAAUAUUUGUUUCCAGACUAUUACCACGGUUCUAAAAUAUUGUUUUCGGAAAUAGAAAAGUAGGUAUUUCCAAAAAAUAAUUCUAAAAAGUAGGAUAUGGGAAAGUAUGGAAAUUCCAACUGUGUAGGAACCCUGUGUCUAAAUCUUUUGAGCUGAUUGACUGAGGCACUGGGCAUAAAUAAAGCACCCCUCCUUCAUGUUUGUGUAUGGUUCUCUUUGAACUUCUAUAUUUGAUUUGGUGGAAGGAGUUAUAUGUGGUCCAACUUAAUAUAAUGUCAAGGCUUGUCUUCUGUAAGUCAGCAUGCACUCUGCCCUACUACAGUAGAGAUAUUCUCAAGUUUUCAUUCCCCCUCAAUAAAAGCAUUAUUUGAACUUCUGGCAGCGCCACAGUAAAUGUCACAGGAGACAAGAGGAAAGCAAAUAUCAAAAAGGAAAUGAAGGAGUGAUGCAGAAGAGAGGGAAUGCCAAUGAUAGACAUAAGAGAGUGAGAUAUUAAUGGAGGGGAGAAAGGGAGAGGUACAAAGGCCGAGAGGAGGAGAUAAGUGGAGGCACAAGCAUGGGAGUUCACACGCAGAUUUACACUCACACAUCAGCGUGGCUAUCAGGGUGACAUUUAUCAGUGCCACCUCGCCUUGCUGGUUGUCUCCGCGUUGUCUGGAGAGAACUCCAUCAUCCCCCUCCCUGCGUCCCCCGACUCCCUCAAUCUCUCUAUCCCUGUUCCAAUCCAUCCAUCCAUCUAUCCCGCCAUCCAAACAUCCACCUAUAGGCCUGGCCAGGAGUGACAGCACCCCGGCACGAGCGAAGCGAUGAGAGAUAGAGGGAGAGGGCUUGCUGUGAGUGAUAGAGAUAGAGGGAUGAAGGAGGGAUGCAAGGACAUGCAAGGACUGGUUGUGCUGCUGCAUAGUGAUGUUUUGAGUGUGUACACGCUCGCACAACACACAUACACACACAUGCAAAUCCCCAGGAACAAAACAACAGAAGGGGGUUGCUGAAAGGGAGCAGCUCAUUAACCCAGGAGUUUCGGGUCUGGGUGGAUGAAAUAUUAAAUUGUCAGUCUUCAUAUGCUAGUUGAAACAGACAGAAUGCUGGAGUUGUUUGGUUGAGGAUGAUGAGGUCAGAUUGCUAAGAGGCCGCCGUGAGCGAGGGUCAAAUGAUGGAACACAGGUCAGAACGAACCUCUGUAGGUUAUAUUACGUACAGGGAGAGAUACUGAUUUCGGCUCUGUUUCAAUGAUACAUACUCAACAUCCUCCAGACAUGCUAUAAGUUAGAGGGGAGAGGGGGCCUGUGUUCAGAUUUGUCUCUCUUCCCCUCCCCCGCCAACUUCUGUCUCUGGGGUGGGUCCAGUAGUGAGCAUUAAAAAAAAAAAAUCAGCAUGUUUUUUCUUCUCAGUAUCAAUAAAUGUAUGAAUAUUCUUCAUGUAAUUACUUUCUACAUAAGAGAUCUUAGAUUAUAUGAAGUAUGUCUUCUUCGAGACAUUUUAUUGACAAAAUGAUCCAUCAAACAAUUUCAUUAUUAUUACUCAUGGAGUGAAUAUGUUUAAGCUUAUCAAAUGUGAUCAUUGUGUAUUCUUAAUAGUGAAAAAAGUCCUUUGUCCUCAAUCUUGUUGUGUGUAUUUGUCGUCAGGUAUGAUGUUGGGAGGUGGUUGUGGCAGAGAGCUGGCUCACUGGAUCAUCCACGGCCGCCCUGAGAAGGAUAUGUACGGUUAUGACAUCAGGUACAUUAAUGCAUUUUUUAAACCCAUGUAAAACAUAAAGAAGUUAAAUACAAAGCAUUUGUGUACCAAAACAAUGCAGUCUGAAGAGGGUCUGAAUAUUUUGAAUUUUUCUACCUCUGCUCUCAGGCGUUUCCACAACUCGCUGACAGGCAACCAACGCUGGAUCAGAGAGAGGAGUCAUGAGUCGUACGCAAAAAACUACUCAGUGGUGUUUCCGUUUGAUGAGCCCCUCGCCAGCCGGAACAUGAGGAAGGACCCUUUCCACAAGGUAGAUGAGCGGUUGCAUUUGCAGGAGUACAAGACACUUUUUCAUAAGUCAAGUCUCCCGUAGUCUCAAUAACAACAAAAUAUAAAGGGGGGACUGGGUUAUCUGAAAAUCUCUCAGCUGAUUUGUUUUUUAUUAUUUCAUAAAAAUUCUUUCUUAAACUUACACAGUAAUUCGGCUGUUUUGAUACUAUCCAUACACACCUUAAAGGGGUGAUUUAGACUUUUUUAUCAAAGGUGGCCAAACUGGGACAAAUACUUUGGCAUUAUGGACAUGAAAUUUGUCAUAAAUGAACAGCAUUUAUUCAUCAUUUCUAUCACAACCCAUCUUUUUGAACAUUGUAACUAACAUCACAGUGUCGUACAUGCAUUAUGUUAGAGUUCUUUUAAAAGGUUACACAAAACAGCUGCAACAUAUAAACUGUUUUUUUUUUCUUUUGCCGAAAUCUCUGUCAACUCAGAAACAUAAUAUUUGUCCAAAGUCACAGUGAAUUGACAGGAAACUUCACUGAAUAGCCAAGAAAGUCAAUGGAAGCCCAUUGAAUUACAGCUAUUAGAUACAAUUACUGAUUCCAACACAAGUCCCACCCGUGAGGGCUGUAAAGUCGUAGUCGACUGGUCGAGUUAUUGGUCGACCAAAAUUCUGAUUGGUCGACUCAAUUUUUUCCGCGUCAAUUUACAGUCCAAGGUUAAUUUCAUCAGCAGGAACGUACCAAGUGCUAAUGGGGGUGUUUUCAGAGCACCCCCGUUUCACAGGUAACAGUCUGUCUCAGAACAGCCCCCUUGUUUUCACCAUUUUGGACUCGCCCAACCCACUGGAGACCGGCUGGAGACAGAAAGAUUGAAAUGCGUCCACGUAAAUCAACGUCCGGUGGUUUGCUAAAUAUAAUAUUUGUGUUUAAUUGCCUUUUUGUGCUGAUAUCGGUAUAUUUUCACCCCACCAAGCCACAAUUUGCUGUGCCGUCGUCCCCUGCCGCAGACAGGUUUGCUGUCAGAGUCGGACCCACCCCCAGAUUAGUUGAUUUAAAAUUUCAGGGUUUUAGUUGAUCAACAAUUGCCUUGGUUGAUUACAGCCCUAAUACAGCAACUAAGCUGUGAUUUUUGAGGACUUUUAGGUGUCCGGUUAUAUUCAGGGAAAAGGGGGACCCACCAGAUAUUCAUUGAAUCUGCCCCUGACACCUGUAGCAGACUAUUUUAAUUGCAAGUUUUCAUUCAAUCAAGGCAAGAUUUUCUUCUUCUUCUUCUUCUUCGUCUUAUCAUGCUCCCACACAUGGACCAGCUUUCAUUUAACCAAAAACAACAAACAAGAACAGAUGAACCUUGAACAGAUCUUAAAAAUGUUACAACAGUACAAGCCUCAUUUGGGAAAAGUGUCAAACUUUUGAUAAUGACAGGGACCUUGUUUUCGUAAAGUUUGAUAUUAUUUGGUGUUUUGCUUCUUUUACUUUCGUUGAAUAUAAUAAGUCAGAUCAAAGUAGAAACACUGCGCUUUGUGCCUCUUCCUGAGAUGUAACAAGAAAAUAUUCAUUUAUAUUUCUCCUUGAUCUAAAAACACUUCACACUAAACAGACUGUAACCUUCAUUUUAUUCAAGUGCAGUUAGGUAAGAGUCGAGCUUUUACUAUGUGAUAAAAGUGUAGGCAGUGUUGUGUAUCUCUCAGGAUUUACUCAGACGGACACCUUUUGGCUUGUGUAUAGCUGAGGGGAAACUUCGUGGACCCGUAUUGACGAAGUUUCCUAACAUAGACUAAACCGGCUCACCUCUUCCAGUCACAGGAGGUUCACUGCUGCCAUUUAAUCUGGCCAGACGGCUUUCAGCAGAUCCGGUACUUGUGGAGGUUACAUGACUCAGUCCCUUUCUGCUUUACUUUACUAUUCAUUUCACUCCUCGCACAGUUUUUCUGUGUAUCGACGCACGGCCUUCAGCGCUCAGUCUCACAGCCCGUUAUUCUCCCUUUUUGACAUCCUCUUUCAACAAAAUUUCCUCCUCUAUUCAUCAGGCUAUUCAUACCAAAUCUAUUUCUGAUUCUCUCGCUUCCUGUCAUUGUCGCUGUCUUUAAUCCUGUCACAGUCUGUGUUUUGUCAGAGAACAAGUGAUGCUUUUGUUCCCUUUCUCUCUAUUAACCUCUGUAACCUUGGCAUCUGAUUGGAUAAUAUAGACAGCAAUGUUGUGAUAGAAAAAAUCAACAUAUAAACAAUACAGCUGUCAAGAUGUGCAGGCUUGGGCAUCAGCUUGUGUAUAAAUGUAGGAAGAAGAAGAGUGCACUGGAGUUACUGAUUCGAAAAAGUCGUGAUUUAACUUAGGGCUGGGCGAUUUGGCCUCAAAUCAAUAUCACAAUAUAUUGAGCAGUUCACCUCGAUAACCAUAAAUUGACGAUAACUACUCCACAAGCUGCUCACCCCCUUUCAACAUUAACUUUGUCUACUUCAGCCGCUGCUCCAGCCGCUCCAACUUUAGAACUGUCCUCCAUCUCCUCACCUGUCUUUCCCUCUUUGUUACGGACUAGAUGGGGCGGAGUCAAGUCUCUGAUGUAGGACAGCGUCUUAAAGGGACAUGAGACCAUAGCCUACCUACACACAUCCAAAACCAACUUUGAUUUAUUUAUUUAUUUUACAUUGAAUAUAUUGACAUGGGCAAAAUGACUCUGGUUAUUGUUGUAAAUUUUGGCUUUGGUCAAUUUUCGGUUUAUCCCCCAGCCCUAAUUUAACUUUAGGGUGUGUCCCUAGUUGUCCAGUAGACCCGAGUCCAAACCAAAUUAAUGGAGUGCAUUUCAACUCUGAAUUUAUGAUACAAGGAAGCAUGUAUAAACCUGUAGAUUAUUACUUUUGUUCUUUAAUGCGCUUUAAUAACUCCUGUGGGGAGUUUUGUGUAUAUAAACACAAUAGACUGAAAUUUUUUCUCAUGUCUUUUUAGGAUAUACAAAAGCAAACAAAAACAUCAACAGCACAGCUGAUGAUUUUUAUAUCACAGUUUUUAAUGCCUUGAUCCAGCUCAGUAUUUAAAUGACAGCCCUGUUUUACAUAAUCUGUCCGAAGAUAUUCACAAUAAAAGAGAAAUUUGACUACCAAAAAUCAGCAGGAUGAGAUUUUUUUCAGAAAACUAAAAAAAAACUCAAAAAUGUAGAUGUCAAGAUAAUCAAAGACAGCUUUGUAAACUAAAGGUUCCUCACAGGAGCUUUAACAACUAUACAGAUCUUUCUUAUUUUACAAAUGCAGGGAAAUAAAGCAGGUAAAAUAAAACAGGAGUCUCUACAACAAUAAGCAUGUACAGGAGAGACAAAAUGAGUUUCUCUCACCAGAGUGUUAGUGAUUGUCACAGUUAGGACUGGGAAGUUAUCAGUAAGCAGAGAAUAACUAUAUCUCUCAUAUACUUCUGGGUGCGCAGAGAAUAUACACUAAUUGAUUGAUCUUUGACGACGCUUGGCUUUUGUUAUACAAGGUGGGCAUCCCUGGUGAACUGCAAGAGUGGGAAACACUAGAUGUUCAUAACCUCAUAAGUCUUUAUAGGAUAGCCAGUUUGUCUCGUCCCUCUCUGUUGUGCUGCCUCUUAAAAUGAAAACAUACAGGCGAAUAUGAUGAGUGUAUCAAAUCUUAAUGCGAGUAUCUCAAACAGCUAAAAAAUGUCUGAAAUUGAAACAUAAAUCUGUGCUUUUCCAGCAUUUGUGCGUGUUCUCUCAUACUUAAUGAAUUCCAGUUGACAACAGGAGUGUAGAGUCUGCUGUCAUUUGUUUCAUGUCUGGGUAUCUUAUAUUAAAGCUGUAUGUGACUCUAUUAUUUGCCAAGAUAUCUGAAUAUUUUUAAAAUUCAUUUAUCCCUCUGACAUCCUCUUUCUUCUUCUGUCAGUUUUUUCCUCCCUUUUCUCAUCACAUGUCUCCUCCACUCAAAUCCAGAGACAGAUAUCUUGUUCAGGCUCAAGCAAACAGCAGUUAGCGGCGUAACUUACCCCAGCAGCUACAUUUAUUAAUGUGCUUCCUUGCCAUCAUGACUAUAAAUGAUACACUUAGCAUCGCUGGCACAGUCUCGAAUGUCUCUCAGCUUCCUUUCUCUCCUCAGUCUGACAUAAACUCUUAAUGGGCCUCGCCGCCAUAUUUUAUGCAUUAAUGACCCACUUAGUCCUGCUUUCCUGUUUCAGACUUCAUUUACCUUUAACUGUUGAUAUUUUUUCUCCCGCUCAUGCAUGCAGGCACUCUUUCGGUGCAGGUUACUGUCACACAAACUGCAUUAGCUGUUAUAUCAGGGUAUUAAGUAGAUUAUAUCUGCUGAUUUCUUCAAGUGUCAUUUCAUGUGGCUGAUAAUCAGAUUUCUUUUCAGAGUUUUUUAAAGAUUGGUGACAGGAUGAGUAAGAUAUGAAAAAUGAGAACUUUUUUCAUGUGUUUCCUGAGAACAGUAUCCUGCACAGGAAACAUGCGUGUCAUGGCUUUUAUUAUCAACUAGAGCUGCAAAGUGGCAAAGCAAAACUUUGUCAUUUCUAACGAUAAACUGUGAGGAUAGCAAAGAUCACAGAUUAUGCAAGCAGAGAGUGUACUGAAACAGAAAACUGUAAAAAUGCUGAUAUUUUUUCUUCUUAAAAGUCUGUGAAGGUGCAUUUCUAUAAAGUUGGAAUAAAGAUAAUUAUGAGUGUAAAAAACACACUGUGAUCUGGUUUUCUACAAUACUAUUGAAAACUGCAGCAGGUAGAGGGAGGCCGCUCUUGUUCAGGUUAGAGUUCAGUAAAUCCACGACAGAAAGGACCAUUUACAAUCUGACUUGGUAUUCAAGUAUGUCUGUCAAAAAAUAACAUCUGAGUUAUUAUUUUUGACAAAGCCGUCUUCUAUUUGAGGGACGUUUGAAUCAGCUUGGUCUAAGUAUCAUGAUCUGUGUCAAUAGUGGGAAAACGGCAUCAACAUCUGGCUAUGAAACUAAAUUUAAAUAAAUACAGUACACAAAUUUCAGCUUUUUUGGUUUUAUUGAUAAAAGAACUAAAUUCAUAUGAUUAAAUUCUCUUUCUGAUCAUUUUUCUUACAUUUGUUUAUUCUUUUGUAGUGAAAAAUAAACUCCUUGCUGUUGUGGGCUGUAAUUUAUAGUUUCCCUUAUCGCAGAAAAGUUAAUGGGAACUUGUGUCUGAUCUGUUUAAGAUUUAGAUAGAGGAUUUGUAUUAAAAUGACUUUGUAUUAAAAAAGAAAACAAAACAGAUUUUUCUAUUAAAUCACAGAAACCCAGUGGGAAACAUGUCACUAUCUGUAUCCAUCUUUGGAGGAGCGGUUUUAUCACGUUUCAGCCCCCAGAUUAACACACUGUGGCUCUGGUUGGUUAAGUAUAAGAUAGACUUUCUCUUUUUUAGAGGUCACUUGUAAAUUGGGUCUUUGGCUUUUAUAUUUAAAUUACCUUUAAUUUUCCCUCGGGUCAUUGAUUUUUACCAUGAUAGAUUUAAAUACAGAAGCUGAGGGACACUCUUAAGACUCUGUGCACAAUGUCAUAUUAAGACUGCUUUUGGCAGACCUAGUGCCUUGUUGUGCAGCGCCGUACGAUUAAAGAUCAUUGCCAAACAUGACAGUUUUUUAUUUCUUUAUCCCCGCACAAAGACCUCAUCUGCAUAAUCCACGAGCGGGUUUUGGUGAUUAUCUAUUCAAGCUAAUUAUACGACUAAAUUAGAGUACAAAGCACCAAGAAGACACAAACGGCCGCUCUCAGGUGGACAGACUGGCAGCACAAAGAAAGCAACAUCAUUCCCUGCAAAGCUGGGCUGGUCCAACCCUUGAAUUCAAGCCCAUUAGACCCCUGCUAAUCACAUGUAGAGGACCAUCACCUAGCAACUAGCCUUCAUACUGUCAGAGAGCCUUAGAUAAAUGUACAGCUGGCAGAGAGAAGAAGAAGAAACACUGAAAGAGUAAUUAUUGUUUCUUAAAUACGUGUCUUUUCACAACACUGCCUCUUGCUACUAAUCAUCACUGCAUGUAUUAAUGCUAAGAGGUGCUUAAGGAGGUUGAUCUUCCAACAACACUGUCCCUGUGCAAAUUAGGAGACUGUCUACUAUUUGGAGAUUAUUUCAGAGCAUAACCAGGCAGUCUCUGAUGCUGCUGCUCACACAUUUUCUCCACCUCGGUUGCGGGGAUGGUAAAUAUAGCUCGGUGUGGGAAGUUUUGGCAAGAGACAGCUAGCUGCUUGCUAGAGGGAGAUGGUAGCAGAACAUACCUACCUAACUGUGGGCGACUGUCAGUUUUAACAAGGAGGAUGGAGAGCACUAGAAUAUCUUAUUUUAACACUAGUCAAGGGGGGAGGAAUUGACAAGUAUGCUCUAUUUUAAUUAAAGGAGAAUUCACUAGCAGCAUCAUCAGUCAUCUGUUUAUUUAAACCCAUUUUAAUUUUUUAUGUCACUUUCAAGUUUCCAAUAACAACUUUUGGAGCUUUUCAUGCUGCCUCCUAGUGGCCAGAUGCACACCAAAACCUACAUGGGUAACUUUGGAAAACCAUUUAGGCCCGGACCACACGUAUAUAGAUAUUUAUUUAUCAGGAUAUUUUUGUACUCCCGUCUAAAUAAAUGUAUCUGUCCACACGUGUUAGUUCUCAAAAAUAUCUGCGUCCACAUGCAGCCUUCAAACUCAAUCCUAUCUGGUGCCGCUUAAAAAAAAAAUUCAGGAACAAAGCUACCUGAUUGGCCGAUGAAUCGUAACAGCGUGAUGCGUCAUUCAUUGUUUGCGGAAGCUACGCUAGUGCGUCGGGUCCAUGUGACGGUGUGGCGGCUAUAACAAAGCAGACGCCUGUGUGCGCUGGCUGACUGGUGGAUGUAAUUGUAUAAAACAAGGUUCACUUGCAAGGCUGAAAACAAAUGUAAAGAAUACCCUGUCUGUCCGCCAUCGUUGUUGUUGUUUUUCUUUUUAAUUCGCAUGCGCGAGUUGCGGUUUGACGUCAUCGAUCAGUAAAAGUUCAACCACACGAAUCCACUUAUACGGAUAUUUUUUUAUUUCUCAACUUGUUUUUUCAGAUUCAGAUUUAUCCGGUUUGAGUGUUCCAAACUCCCGUUUAGGUGUGGUAGGGAGGCUUAAUCCGACUUAAAUAUGUGCGGUUUGAAAUAUAUCCGCAUUCGUGUAGUUGGGGCCUUAGUUUCCAAGUAUAAUAGUUUCCAAAAUAUAAUACCGUAUGUGUGUAACUAUGAGUGUUUUAAAUUCCUGCAAUAACAUGUACGGUUUAUUCCCAACUUUGACACCAAAUUGUGAACUCUCUUUGCGUCUGCUCUCUUCACUGAGUUCUGUCUUUCUGUGAUUGUUUUAGGUGCUGACCGACCAGGGCUGCGUCUUCCAGGAGAGACACGGUUGGGAAAGACCGGGCUGGUUCAACAAAGAUUCACCCGCUCCCGUGAGACACACACACUUUAACUAAACACACUUAUUGUAGACAUGCAGUACAAGCCAAUUACUUACUUGCAUCCACAUAUUGACAAAAAGCACUUUAGAGAGUCAUUUGUAAUAAGGAUGCUAAUUUUAUCCCAUGGCUUCUAACGGAUGAUAUUGACACUCUGUCUCGUGAAAUGCUUUGUCCUUCUCCUUCCUCUAAAACAGCAGUGAUUGAUCGUCCUGAAACUACAUUUUUGUCUUUGUUAUUACAAAGGUGAAAGACUAUGACUAUUAUGGUGCGUAUGACAUCAAGAGGAAUGUCAACUACAAAUAUAACGAACUGCUGGGCAAAGAGUACACCUUCGACUUUCCUCCACAUCACAACGCGGUAAGAUGGAGAGGAUUUGUGCCUCAAACUUUGCUUAAUUUAGUAAAGUGUGUUAUUAAAACAUUUACAGAACCAACAAUUUUGUCACAGAUUUGGUUACUGAGGGAACUGCCAGUGAAGUUUAGGGUGCAAAAAGUUCAUGUCAUACUCUGAACAAAUGGAUAUUUAAUAAUCUUAAUGUCUUUAUUAGUCUGCUUUCAAACCCCACUGUUGAAACGAGUGAGUAUAUUAUCUUCCUGGCUCUGAAUAUAUACAGUCAUCUUGUCGUGUUUGGCAAAGACUGGAACCCGCUUUGAUUAAAUGUCAUGAUUUAUGAUUGAUGAUUAUUGGAUGUCUGUAAUUUUGCUCUUUUUAAAUUGCAGAUUAAGAGCGAAUGCCUCUCGUGUAGACAUGGCGUGGCCGUGUUUGACAUGUCCUACUUUGGGAAGUUCUAUCUCACCGGACCAGAUGCCAAGAAGGCGGCUGAUUGGCUGUUUACCGCUGAUGUCAACAAGAAGCCAGGUCAGUGUGUUGCAACAAGAAUGCAUAUGCAUACACACACAAAUACAGGCUCAGGCGCAGACAGAUGGGAGACAAGAUUGACGGGAUGAGGAGGUUGGAAACAUGGACGGAGAGACUAAACAGGACGCCAACACAUGAGCAACAACAAUCCACUCUUGCUCAUAAUCCCCUCUAACUCUAAAUGCCACUUGAUGUUUUUUUUUUAGCUUGUGCUGCAGUAGUUUCAGUGGAGUCAGAGCUGUCAGGUUUGGUUGUUUUUUUUUUUUACCUGCAAACCAGCUUCUGUGCCUGCUCUCUGCAGUGACAAGUGUGUGCAGAUGUGAAAACAAGCGGCGGUCCAAGUACUUGUGUUAUUCUUUUAUCCACUUCUCUCACUUUCUUGUCAGUUUUCACCGCUGAACAGGAGAGAUGGCAAAUGUGUUGACAGUAAUAGACUCUUAGAAACAUUGACUUAUCAUCUAACUAUUAGGUUGAUGUUAGGAUCUGAAAAAAAUCAUAUUUUUCAAAGUGAAGUGAAGAUGUGAGAUUGCUUUAUAUUUCUUUUCUCAACAAAUAUGAUUUUGGGUGAAUUGGGGAAUCAUUAACAACCUUACAACAACUUCCUCCUGCCUUCCAGUUGGUGCAUUUCCAGUGGUCACUAAGACUCAAAAGUAUGUGUGGCCAAUUAAUUGUCUGUUCUUUGUUAUUGUAGAAACAUGACAGAGUAAGGUGGCGCCCUCUGUGGACGGAAUUAGGAAAUGUGUGUUAUUUUUGGCACCCCUAGAGAGCAAAGUGACACCCCUUAGCUCACCUUAUCCCACUAGUGUAAAGAGUCAGAUUUUCUCAUCAUGAAUAUUUCGUCGCUGUCCGAUGAAAAAUCUCCACUUAAAGCGAUCUGGACUUUUUUCAGCACACGCAUGGUCCACAAUAUUCCCUAACAUUCGUAGCUUUGGGUAUCCAAAUGACCAAUGGAAAGACAUUUUAUAACAUCAUCUUUUCAACAUGUAUCUCCAUUGGGUGUCAGAAGUGUCAACAAAGCACGUAUCUCCCGCACUGGCCCUGCAUUGUCAUGUCAGCAAACAGACUUUACACUGUGACAGACUCAUAAAAGUCCACAGUAGUGCUACACUAAUAUCCUCACAUCGACUCUUGCAGACCUAAAACUUUUUUCUAACCAUGAAAGUGUUGCUUACCUGUGCGUUAGAUUCCUUGAGCCAAAGUUCAUCUCCAUGGGGGGUUUGCCUCUGCAGAGGCAAAGCUGCCGCUGUUUUCUCUCUCACACUCGGUCGUGCAUUAACUAUAAACAUAGUGGGGCAUAAACAGAAUAGUCGAAGCUUGUAAAUAAUUAAAUAUCAUUGGAGUGCAUUAUUAAACAAACACGUAUGUCCACUAUCACUCACAACGCAAAGCACUUAAGUCUGUUUAAAAUACCGAACCAGUCACUGAUGACUGUGUAAAUAUAGAUUUUGAUUUCAGGUCCUAAUCAUGUCUAAUUACAGUGUUUUGUGGUUAUUCUGUAAGGUAGUUUAUGAAUAAAACUGUUUUUUAAUGUUCCUGGAAAUAACACAUUUUGGAGAUACGUGUUUUUUAUUGGACAGUGACGAUUUGCUCUACAGAGAUAUACUGUAUACAAAAAAAAGUGCUGCUCAAUGAGGGGAAAAUGACACCCUCUGAGACUUCCUCCCUUACAGCUUUUACAGCCAUUAAAAAUUACAAGAUUAAAAACUGUCAUCCUUUCUCCACUGGUCUCAUUUGCUGUUGAGAUCAUAAAGGUGCCUCAUUAUUAAGUACUGUCUGUCAUAGUUCGAAUCUCCUUACAGGACCUUUAAGAGAUAAGGUGGAUGCCUGAGGCCAACAGGACACCAAGCUCAACAAGAGUCCUCAAAGCUUUAAUCUUGUCAUGUGGAAGACUUCACCCCCAAAAUCAAGAAUAUACUCUAGUGCAUGUGCAGUAUGUUAUUAUACAAAAAAGAUAAACAGUAUCUGCAGAUUCAAAAGGAAGUAUGAAUAAAUAAGACAAAGGAAAUGUAAUUUAGCCGAAAGAAUUCUCAGAAAGACCCAGUUUCAAUCGCAAAACACUCAAAAUAAGAUGGAGUAUGAUACAUAUGAGAUAUUCAGUGCACACGUCCAGCGAGCCAAGCACCAUCUUUUGACGUUACAGCCUGUAUCAUUCUCAGCGCCGGGGGACACGUUUCUUGGCACAGCUGUCACACAGCAGUACACAGCAGGAGGUCGAUUCACCUGCAUGUGUGAAAUAGGUGGACGCCUCAUUUUAAUUUCUGCUCCUUUGAUUGAUGUCCUGUAAUUCCUUCCAAUUUAUUUUCCUCCAAUAAUCUUUGACAACCAGAUCUCACCCACCUACGUAUGCAGCUUUUUAAAAACUUGGCUUUUUGACGUGGUGGAUGAUGCAUCAGCCAACUUUGCUUUCCCAGCCUCCUAGCUGAUCCCUCUCUCUCUCCCAGACUCUCGGUUCUUGGUGUAUGGCAACAACAGGAGUCUAAGUUUUGCAGCCAAUACAUUUGUACAUCCAUGUCUUAAAUGACAUACAACUAUAACAUCAGCUGUUCCUUUAACUGAGAGCUGAUUGAGGGACAGCUGCACAUUAGCAUGUCAUGGCAGACAUUAGAAUUUCUGGCCUGAUAGAUUUUAAAAAUUCGAUGAUUAAUUUUUUUUGAGAUGAUAGUCAUAAUAAAACAAUUUAAUGAUGUUUUCUAAAAGGAAAAAUCUUUGUAAAGUGGUGCUCCCAGCAUCCAUUACUUUUGAUUGGGAUUCAUUUUUCAACUUGUUUCCUUGGUAACUAUUUUAUUAAAAGGCAGGGUUCCCCGGGCAAGUGUAGUCCCUGGAGGAGUGUUGAAAGAGGUGUAAGUAGACCUGACUUGAUUAAAAAUUCAUUUUUUUGUUCUCACAAGAAGGCCAGAAAGAAAAUAUAUACACACAGCUCCCAAAGAAUUUGUUAGAAACAAGAGCUUGACCUCCGUUUUGGGUUCAUUUUUUAUUCACAGGUUUCACUGGCCCCAUUUCAUCAUACUACACAUUUAAUAUUGGCCUACAAACGAGGCUGCUGGCAGAAUUAAUUGUUUAUGUGUGUGUGCGUGUGUGUGUGUUUCAGGCACCACUGUGUACACCUGCAUGCUGAAUAAGAGAGGAGGGGCGGAGGCUGACCUGACAGUGAGCAGACUGGAGCCGGGUGCUGCCAGCCUGCCUCUGGCUCCGGAGUCCAAUGGUGAGAAACUCAUAGACUGUGUAAAACAUGGACCUGGUCUCAGCGACAUCAAUCACUGCUUUCUGAAGUGGAGUUUUGAAGGUUGCUAGCUGUGGUCACAACAUUGGAAGCUUUACAGAACUCAUUAUUGUAAUGUCUCUAGAACGAUGCACCCCCCGCACCCAAAUUACCCAGCAGCGCCUCCUAGAGUUAAGUUCCCAAUCAUCAAUCACUGACACUUCCUAAAAUAAAUGAAUUGUCAACUUCUACUGUAGAGUCAUAGAGGAAUAUUUAGUUUAAAAAGCAAAAAUAUCAUUUUUUGAAAACUUAGAAACAGUAAUCAUGUGGCGGAAGAAGAUUUAGUUAAAGGUUACAACUUUAAACCCACAUACAUGGAAAAUAUCUGCUUCACAACUGAUGAUAAGAGCAAUGGUUUUAGCAUCCCCAAAAUGAAAAAGGCUAAAGGUAAAGAAACACUGAACAAACACAUUAUCCUCCAGUCCUAAAAAGUUCAAAUUCAAAUUCAUUCAUUCAUUGAUAUGGCUCUUAUUCAGACAAAAAUGUCAUUCAAAGUGUCUCAUAGAGGCUUAAAAUAACAAUAAAACCCAACGCUCCCACCCUAACUCACCCACACAUACACACACACACACAAGCACACACACAGCAAGAAUUUAAGAUAUAUUGGGACAUGGCCUGACACUGAGACUUUACGUGAGGAAAGAGCUACCUCUGGGAAACACUGGAGAUAAAAAGAUAAAAAUGGUGAAAAGAAAGUAAAAUCUGAUGGACUAAAACAAGAAAAUGAUAUAAGAUGAACAAAUAAGUAAGAGCUCUUUACCAUGUAAAAGGGGUAAAAGAAGUAAAAAUUUCUAAGGUGGGAAUUAAGAAAAAGACUAGGAACAGAGAUAAUUAAUAAAAUUACAUAAAAUAAAACAUUAAGAACAAAUAAACAUUACCUCUCUAAAACCAUACAGGUUUUAAGCCCAUUGGUAUCUGCACUGAUUUGUCUGUAAGACUGCUUCUGAUGUUUAACUCAGCUGCCUCAAUCGGCACCUCUUACCACAUCUGCAAGACAUCAGGAGCAAAAAGCAACAAGUGCCUUACAUCUGACUUAGGCGGCCAUAUCACACGGUGUUCACUAACUCUAAACAACUCCAGAGACCUUUUAGAUUCACCCAGAAAGGGAUUGGCCUUCAUGGUCUCCAAGGUGAACUAUAGAGCUGCUCAGUCUUUCAGGUUUACACACAAAACUGUAUUUAACUUCCACAGUCACUUUGGUAUUUUGACUUUUUUUAUGGAACAUUUUUUGUCUUUUUUUUUUUAUCCAGCCAUUCAAACUAACAUGAUCUGUGUCUUUUAAUUUGUCUAUAUUAAAUACACAUUUGAAAAACUCUAGAUCAGGGAUGGAGAUAAUCGCAGUGAAAAGGCUGGACAAGAGGAGACUAAAGAUGUCUAAAGAAAAAAAAAUCUUAUUCUUCCUCUUCAGCAGAAAGCACAGAAAUAAUGAAAGGUCCAGAUCAGGGGUGAAUGUAAACACAGUGUCUGCAGUCUGAUUACCAGAUGGCACUGCGGGGGCCAAACAGAAGGUCAAUGCAGCAGAUCAGAUGAGAAAAAUUGUGUUAACUUGAGAAAUAUCAACAUCGGUGGUGAGUGGCUGUUUAAUACCAUGAUAUGUUUAAGCUACUGUUGCUCAGUUUUUAUUUCUCUUGAAAGUUAUCCUCAAAAAGAGGAUUUAAAGAAGAUUUAGACUGGUAUAAGUUUACAUGCUGUCUAUUUAGUCCACAACAAAUCAUUUUUGUCAAACUGUACAGCUCUUUUCUAUCAGAUUUGUCGUUAUUUGUUGUCUUCUUUAACAAUUUGAAGAUAUUUUUUCGGCUCAACAAAAUGAGACAAAAACUGUAUGUAAUCUAAAAAUGAACAAAUGCUGAGUCAGAGACCUAGUUUGACUGUCCUGCUACUUCAGAGUUGUUCUUUGUGUCUGAUAAACCCAGUUUUAUCACUCUUUACAUUUCUUCCUCGCCAACUUUUCCUCAGGCGAUGCAUACUACCUCGCCAUCGGAGGCGGCGUCGCAGAACACAACUGGAACCACAUCCAAACAGUCCUCCAGGACCAAGGCUUCAGCUGCCAGCUGACUGACCACUCUGAGGACAUGGGGAUGAUCAGCAUCCAGGGGCCCAAGAGGUGAGGAAAAACUGAGGGGAGGAAGAAGUCUUUGAAGGAAACAGGAGGACUUUUUAUAUAACUAGAUGAGAUAAGGACAAAUAAGGUGGGUGAGGGCGAAGAGCAGGGCACAGGAGAGGGUGAGAGGACUGUGUCUGAGAGGUCUAAAAGAGGAGGGUGAUACACCUCCUCGAAACAGGAGGAGGGAAGUCAGAUAAAGAGGGGAGGAGAUUAAGAGCCUAUUCUCAAGUUGAGGCCGCAGCAUUAAGAGCAGGGACAGUGGUGAGCUGUAAACAAAAGGCCAAGAGCGGAGAGUUCAAGGAUCGUUCUGCAUUUUUAUGAGCUGCAGGUUUAAAAGCUGGAUUGAUGUGAAGAUAUGAUCCUAAAAAUCUUAGUCAAAGCAGCUGGAACUUGUCUGAUCUUGAGGUUGAGUUGAUUCUUCAUGAUUUUAGCUUUUUAAAGGAGUGGAUCCCACUCAUAGUCGAGUACAGCUCUGAGUCAGUCUUACAUUUGGCCAGCUGUUUUUUUUUAUAAUUUUCAAAUACUUUAUUUUUUACAAGAUACAAAAUCAAAAUGUUUUGGCUGUAAGUAAGUACAUAAAACUUAUAUGCAUAAAAUACAAUAAUACAAUAAAGACAUUGCUGAUAAUCAUUGUUAAAUUAACAAAAGCGCUAAUAUUGGAAAUUAAUAAUACAAGUGUACGCCAUCACAUAUAAAACCAGGUAACAACAGUAAUAAGGAUAACAGUUCAGGAGGAUACAGGUGAGAGAGUUACAAAAUGCUUGAUGGAAGCUGCUUUUAAGAACUCCAGUGGAUGGAUGAGGAUGAACCCUCAGUCAGCAGAUGCCAGCAGACUCUAAAGCCAAAGACACACAGGAUCCGUACUGAGCGCAUUCCGUUUUUGCUCUGUAGAGCAGCAUUGGGUAUCACAUACAGGAUGCGUAUUUGGAGCGUGGCAGUGGUCUUUUUCCUGCUAAUUUGGAUAUAAUCCAGUGACCGUUGAGCCUCUACUAUAUGUGGAAAAGCAACAUGAUUUUAUAGUUUUGGUUUUUGCAGAUUUCCCUGUGUUUAAUAACAUAAACUAUGUUCCUUUAUGCUGAGCUGUUACCUUCAGACACAGUUAGCAGUUAAAAGUCCUGUUGGGGUCCACAUGGAUCAGAGACUGACCAUCGGAUUGUUCUGUGUUACUGAUAAAUCCAGAACCAGGAAGUAUUUCUCAUCAACACAAACUGAUACACAGUCCGGAGUUCACAUAUGGUGUUCUAUUUUGAAAUACCAGAUGAUAUACAGGGUUUUAGUGCCUAACAUCCUGUCUAGAUCGAUCUUCUCUGUGUGAAUUGACCCGUAUUGGAAGCGUAGAGCAGCAAAAAUAGACUUGUUAGGUAUCUUUAGCAGUGCUGCUCUCGAUACGAUGCUGCGACGGAGCUGAUACACUUCCUGUAUACUUUGCUGGAUUGAUUAGAAUAGAAACCUAUUUGCUGCGUGAUACACGGCGCUGCUGCCACACUCCAAAUACACAUCCUGUAUGUUUUAGCCUUAAGUUUCUGCUGCAGUGAUGGCUGAACUUUUAAACUGGUUACUAGAUUCAUCUUUAUGCCAUGCAAGAGACUGAGAGGAGAAGUUCAGUAUUUGUUGUGCCUGAAUAGAUACACUUUACAUUACAUGGCAUCACAGUCAAAGAUGUGAAUACAAAGCUUGAUCGGUGAUGAGAAAGAUGGAAUUUAUUGAUGCAAAAGAAGCAUAUAAUGGACCUUGAAAAAAUACACUUAUAAAAUCAAUUCGAGGAAAAAGUGAAAAGAAAAAAACAGUCGAACACAAUUGUUUCUGCUUGCAACAGAAUUCACCCCUGGCCUCUAUCAUUUUUGAACAGUUGAGUUGAACCUUUCAAGGAGACUGCAGUACAGGGUUGAUGCUUCUAGUAAAUGGAAAAAAAGUCUCUUUUUAGAUUUCUUUGGCAGGAAUUAGUUUUAUAUUUUGUUUCCUUAUCAGAGAGAUAUCAGGUAAUCUACUGAAGUGAUUUACUCCAACAGUGCAUCACAUCUCAAGCCUCCUCAGCAGAUACAGUAUUCAAAUUAGGUUAGAUAACAUUAUUCAGAUUUGCAGAAAUCUAAAGCUGCAGAUUUUUAUCAUUGCAUAAAAAAAUCAUUGUGAGACAGCUGUCUGCUCUAUGAACACUGACACACACACACACACACACACACACACACACACACACACACACACACACACACACACACACACACCCACACCCACACACACACACACACACACACACAGGGUAAACAUGUGAAGGAGGCAUGGCUGUCUGCAGAGUGAUUCUGCUCCUCUCCGGGUAGAUGUUGAUGAUAUUUAGCAGCUGAAAAUGUCACAGUUUCCUCUUUUAUUCUGUUUACUUCUUCAUCCUGCUCUUUACAAGUGGAAAUAGUGCCACACAUGUGGAUUUGGAAGUCGUCCAGCAGCAUGUGGCUUUCUUCAUCCUUCCUACAGCUUUUCUUUGUUCUUCGCUCAAAGCCAAAGCUGUGCCACCUUUACCUCCACCACUCUCCCGCUCUGAACUCCUCAUCUAUCUUUUCCCUCCUCUCUCCCCCACCUCACUGCAUUCAUCUUUGUUCUUCCUUCUUACCAGCAGCAGGGUUAGGCCACCCUGUGUGGGCUCUGUCGAUUCCUCUAUGUCUCUGAGAGGCUUUCUCUAAUCUCCCGCUCUCUUAAGUUUCUUAUUCCUCUCCACGUCUCUGUAGAUUUUAUCCAGAUUUGUCUCACUUUCUCCAUCCGUGUCUUCCCUUUCGCUGCUUAAUGCCUGUUUUAUCGCUUAUGUAAAAUCAGAAAUCAGUGCGUCACCAGCUGCAGAAAUCCUCUGUUUGUGUGUGAGUGUGUGUGUUUGUGUUCAUUAUAGGUAUAUACACACAUAAUAGGAUGUUUAUUGAAUUCAUUGAGUUUUCCGGAGCAUCCGCAGCACACUCAGCUCGUUAGCCUGAGUGUACAUCUGUGUAUGUUUUCCCUGUGUGUGUGCGUGUGUGUGUGUCUAUAGCAUAAACAAGAUUGGCGUCUGCAUUUCCCUCCUUGAAAUGAUUCUUUGCUCCUCCUCAGUGUUUCUGCCACAAAUGGCGAAUUACAGAAAAUCGACCCUGUAGUGCUUAGGCUUUGUGUUCUCCUGACCAAAUUGAUCUUCUGAAAGAGAGAGAGAGAGAGAGAGAGAGAGAGAGAUAAAGUGUCUGUGCAAAUAUCUCUAAACUUCCUCGCUCUGUUUUAUUCCUCUUCAUCAGAGGCCGGGACUUGUAGCUUUUUCCCCCUCACACACACACACACACACACACACACACACAGAAGCUGCUGCUCCAUCAUCUGCUUUGUAAUUAUGAAACGUAAUUGAUAUAUACAAAAUUAUGUGACGUAGUGUGUGUGUGAGAGAGAGAGAGAGAGAAAGAGAGAGAGAGCUUGUGUGUGUGCGUGCAUCUUCGGAGAAGCAGCUGAGUGCUGCAGUUAAGUGGCGAGUCCGGGGAACAAAUUUGUCGUUGCAAGACUGCAUCAGCACACGCACACACACACACACACACACACACACACACACACACACACACACACACACACACACACACACACACACACACACACAGCCAUUCAGUGAUUAUACAUAGCUAAUUGGCCUUGCUCUCGGGUUCUUGAGUUCAGUGAGCAAAGCAUGCUCAUGGUAAGGCAUAAAUUGGUGAACAACCCAAAGGAAAUAUCUGCCUGUGCAUCAUCAUCAUCAUCAUACGGCUGCAGGCCUGCACAUAUGCCUUUAUGCAAGAAAUGCUUUAUUUACAUAAAACCCAGUCUGCAUUCACAUUUCUGCAUCUUCCCAUGACCACAUCGGUUUCUCAUUAGAAGAAAAGGACACCCACACUCAUGCACACAAACGUAACAUGCACCCUUCCCCAAAUAUCUCCAUCCCUGGCCUCCUGCCACACUGUAGCAAAAAAUAUCAUCUAGAAAAGGCCUCCACCUGCCCACUCACACACGUACGAGCAGCAAAGUAAGCUAAACUUAGUCUCUUUUCUUUCUGAUGACUCAUCUUUACGUAAUAUUGAUUUUUCAGCCUGUGUGAGUGUGCUGGUGGGAGAUGGAUCGGUUCUGCUGCGAAUAAAACAGGGACUGUUGUGUUUUCUUAAAAUAUUACAGAUCAUUUUAAAAACAUGACCUAAUGAAGACGGGCACAGAGAAAAUAUCUUUCACACUGUUUGCAUAGGUGGAAUUAAAAUUUUAACACCAUUUCUUUGUUAUUCAUGGCGUGGAUACUCAACACUGUCACACUUUUAUAGUGUAGCAUCGUUUAUAUGUGGGAAAUUAAAUUGGAUAAACACAUUAUUAUUGAGACACAUUCACACACUUUAAUCAAAACUGGAACAACAAUUAUUUAAGUGUGUUUAUUUAAAAAAGAAAAACAACUGUGUGCUGUUUUUCUCUGUGUGUUGGUCCAUGGGGAUGUCAUUCAAACAGUUUGGAAAGAUUAGCAAAGAAAUGUGUUUACGUAUGAGCUGAUUUAGCAAAAAUCACAUCCUCAUGUUAUGCAGUACCAUAACACACCAUCCCAUAUUUGACCAUACUUUAACCUUACUGUACCAUUACAUACCAUAACAUAAGAAUAAGAAGAACUUUAUUGAUCCCCGAAGGGAAUUGUCUGUUGUCUCACAUAAUAUGUCUCUAAAAGUUAUCUACUAUUUACACAAGAGUUAUAAAGUCUGAUGGCUGUUGGUACAAAAGAUCUUCUGAAUCUUUCUGUCCUGCAGGGAAGAGAGAGGAGCCGUCCACCACCAUAUGAUGUUAUUUGUUAUGGUACAAUACAGUGAGAUAUUAGGACACAUCACAACAUAGUAUGGUUGAAUACAUAAUACUCCAGUGAUGGUCAAACCUGAAGACGCUGCAGGUGAAACUUGUAGUUAAUUCAUGAUGAAGUCACAGUAAUACAGGAAAAGGAUUAGGGCCACAUGAAGGGAAAAAAAAAUAACAACAGGAAGUAGAUUAAAGUGAAAAUUUUGAUAUUAAAGUCGAAAUUUCGAGAUUUAAAAAAUCGAAAUGAUGUCAAUAGACUGAAAUUUUGGAGAUUAAAGUUGAAAUUUCGAGAUACAAGUCGAAAUUUCAAGAUUAUGAAUUGUUGCAAUAAUGUUGACAUUUCUAGAAGAAAAAAAAUAAUUUUGAGAUUAAAAAAUUGAAAUUAUGUCAAAAAAGUCGAAUGUUGGAGAUUAAAAUUGAAAUUUCGAGAUACAAGUCGAAUUUUCAAGAUUUAAAUGUUGCAAUAAUGUCGACAUUUCUGGAAGAAAAAAAAAAAUUUUGAGAUUAGAAUCGACCUGAAUAAAGUUGAAAUUUCCACUUUUUAAAAUUUUAACUUUGAUCUCAAAAUUUCAACUUUAAUCCCAAAAUGGAAAUUAAACAAUCUCCCUCCUGUAAUUAUAUUUUUCUUUUCUUGUGGCCCUAAUACUCUGUUGCAGUGCAGCGUUUAUUUAUUUAUUUGUUUAUUUGUUUGUUUUUUAAAACUAUUUUCUUUUCGUCUCCUCCCUCUCUGAGGUUUCUUCUCACUAAAUCUGUUGUCACUGAUUUCAGAAUAGUUCUGUCUUAAUGUCCUUUAUAAGGUGAAACAAAUAUUGAAAAAAUGUCCCCUCCUGGUACGUUAUGCGCUUGCAUUUUCUUUUGUCUGUGCAGUCGGGAGGUACUUCAGGAGGUGUUGGACACAGACCUGAGCAACGAAGCUUUCCCCUUCUCCACCCAUAAAGUUGUGAAUGCUGUGGGACAUCAGGUGAGAACUCAAACUCACACUCACACACACAUAGUUCCUGUAGUGAUUGGAUGUGAUAGAUUUGUCAGUAUUAACAUGAGCCUGUCAGUACUUGUUAGCAGUGAAUGCAGGUAAUUGAAAAAUAAAUUGCGUGCCGUGAAAUGUCGCAAAGGCAGGUGGCACUUGAGGAGGCAGACCCUUCAAAUGCACAAACAGGGGGGAAGUAUGAAGGGAGACGGUGUCGGAAAAAAGCUAUUCAUGAGGGGACAAACCUUCAAAAGCCUGAAGUACAGAGAGAGACCCAGCAGAGACCGCCUACUUAUUGAUCAUGAAAAGAAUAUUGUUGUUUUUAAUGACUGGUCAGAUCAUUUUUCAUACUCUAUUCUCCACUGAGGUUUUAAACAAUCUGGCUGUUAGGUAAUUUAGCCCCGCCCCCUCAGAUUGACCUCUACAAUUUUCCUGGCCUCCGAUCAAAACAAGCGUGUUGUACCGACACACGCUGUGACACAUAUGUCCACACACACUCACUCUGUCUUUGUGGCUCUUGCAUGAAUUAUGCAACUCACCAGUGAUUGCAGGCGGCAUCUUCUCGCAGCUCUGCAGAAGUGAGUGUGUGUGUGUUUUAGUGUGUGUGUGUGAGUGUGUUGCUUGUGCUGUGUUCCAGCUGGUUUGCCGGCCUUGUCUUGGUGACAUUUUAAUGGCUGCACUGCUGCGAGAACAGAGUCUUCUCUCUGCCCUCUGCUCCCCUCACAGCUCAUUACAAUCUCUCUCUCUCUCCCUCUUUUUUUUCUCUUAUUCUCUCUUUCUCUCUUCCCUAAUUGCAAGUAGGAGUGAGGGUACUUGCAUGCAUGAGGUCAUGUUUAUAUGCAUUUUUGUUCUUGUGGUUGUGUCUGUGACUGAUGUUCGCAUGGUGAAUUUAUAAGCAACAGUGUGCAUGAGUUUCAGGAUGACGCCUGUGAAUUUGCUGGCGUCUGUAUUCAUGUGUGUUGUGAACACUCGCAGUUCUACAUGUAAUGUCCUCCUGAGAGUUUCUUGGUGUACAUAUGGGGCCCAGAGUGAUCCGGUGCUGUCCAGAUGGCCUGGCCAUCACAGCACCCACUGGGAAAACUGUUGGAGAUAGUUUUCUCUCCUCAUUUUACACACCCUUCUGCGUUUUCUUACUUAUUAGCCUUCUCCCUGAGCUUCUUCUUAUUUAACAAAUGGAUAAUUACACCUUUUUUAUAUUUUUACCAUUAUUAUAUAUCUUAGUGUGCAUUAUUAUCCAUAAAAAAACCUAAAACAUCAAAUUUGGCACAUAAAGGUUUUUUUGUUGGACUUGCACAUGAGUAGUAUGACAGGCUAAUGAGUCUCCUUUAGCCUCAUCUACAUUUAUCGGAUUUGGUUGACAGACAGGGCAGUUGGACAUAUAAAAACCUCGAACACCAACAGGAAAUUUCCCAUUAUGAAAGGAUUAGUAAAAAUCACCGUAUGUGGGCAUUUUUCAGGGUUACACUUUAUAAACUCCUCUUCCAUUGCUUAUCUAAACAACCUCAAAUUUGGUGUGGAGCUAAAAGAACCUAAAGCUCUUGUUAUGGGAUAGCAGGCUGGCUAAUGGCUGAGACACAAGGCUGAUAUAUCCACCUUUUUUCUGCAUUUGACAAAAUACUACCAAAAUUCAACAAUUCAACAAUAUUAACAAAUGAGAAUGUAAAUUGCUGAACUUGAGCGAAUGAUUGAUGUUUCAGAUUUCAUCUCAGCAAUGUGAAAUUAUUCAGAAAUAUGAAAACACAAGGGAGAUACUAGGGUUGAAAUUUAAAAAAGAAAGUCAUGCAGGAAUUCAAUUUUUCAAGCAUAUUAAAAUCUCAUAAAACUAGAUUUAUCAGUUGGUAACAUGAUUUUUGUGUUUUUGGGGCGAUUUUUGCCUUUAUGGAUAGGACAGUGUGGAAAUAUUGGGAGAUAGAGAGAAAGGGGGGAGGACAUGCAGCAGAAGGUCAGGGCCAGACUCAAACCCGCGAUCACUACAGGGACCAGGGUCCCCCAUACAUGGGCCAUGUAACCUGCUCGGCCACCUGCGCAUCCCCAGUUAGUAACAUGUUCAAGAUAGAUUUUUAAUCACUGGCUGAAAAGAGGAACACAUGUUCUGCUUUAGAUUCCAGCACAUGGCUAGUAUUUACAUCAGAAGUAAUAUUAAACCACAUUAUUCUUUGUAUUAUAAUAGAAUUAUAUGAAACAUAAGGUAGUAGCUGUUCUAGAUUUGAUUUAGAUUUUCUGUCAUUUAAGAUGGAAAAAGAUGUUGUUUUAAUUAACCCCAGAGAUGAUAGCGAUACCUGUCUUGUGAGGGUUAAUGCCGAUAUCAUGCUAUUUUUCCUCAUUAAUAGGCCCAAUUAAUCUCAAGCCCAUAUUCUGAAUUAAGUUCAACAUCACCAGGGUAACUCCUGGUUAUCUGGCUCUACUAACUAACAACUACAACUAGCAGCUGCUUGUGAACUAGUGAACUAGUGAAAUCAGGGUUAAAAAAAGUUCUCCCUGGAUGAGGCGUUUUAGAUGCUCUAAUUUUCUUUGCAGAGGACCCUCAAUCCUCCUCUUAUUCUUUGUGCUUUAACAUGCUUAAAUAAGACCUGCGAUGUGGGUAUCAGGUGUUAUACAGAUAAUUCCAUCUCUGUAACCUCCAGACAACCUACAGUCCAAGGUUGCAAAAAUAAAGCAUAAGCUACAAGGAUUUUCUGGCAUAAGUGUCUCUGUUCACUCAAAGUUAAAGAGACAUUUUUAUCAAAAUGCAUCUUUUAAUUUCUGUUUCACUAAGUCCCCAAAAAGCACUCAUUCUUUGAUUCAAUGCCAUACUUACUGCUGUUUACAAAAAAAGUUAGACAUUAAAUUUGCCAAAAAGGGAUAAAAAUAUGAAAAGAGCUCCAGAGUACCAACCUCAGCUUAUUGCUUUCCCACUUAUUCAAAUAACGGAUCUGCUUUCCUCGCUUCAGGAAAAGGACCCUAUAGUUUUCUCCUCUCAGGUUGUCUCUCUGCCUGCGUUGCAGCAAGGUUUCUCUUUUGUGUUUCUUGUCACCUUACCUUUUUAGUUUCCGCCUCCUAACCCUGACACAUGUUUUUUAUUUCCCUCAGGGCUUGAAGCAUUCAUUCAGCGUCAGUCGUUUUCAAAAGAGAUAACCGUUUCCUUUUGUGGACCAUAUCUUAUCUUACACUUCCUAUCUCAGCUCUUUUCUGUGGUUUUUCUUGAACCCUGCUGUACUCUCUUCAAGCAGCAGCGACUUUGUGUGUGUGUGUGUGUGUUUUUGUGAGCGAAAGCAGAGAUAUGACAGCAAGUCAUACAAGUCUUGCUUCAUCUCUCUAAACCUCCUCUGUACACCUCUCUGGUCCAGGUUCGAGCCAUGCGCCUGUCAUUUGUGGGAGAGCUCGGCUGGGAGCUGCACAUUCCCAAAGACUCCUGUCUUCCAGUCUACCACGCUGUCAUGGCUGCUGGUGCAAAGCAUGGUAUCAUCAACUCAGGCUACAGGGCCAUUGACUCACUCAGCAUAGAGAAAGGUAAAAGGAAAAUAGUUGUGGAUCAAAAUAAUGAUGGAUCCGCUUUUUAAUAAUCAUUUAUCUUUGCUAUUCACUGAUUGUUGUGUUAUUUUUCCAGGCUAUAGACAUUGGCAUGCUGACCUCCGUCCAGAUGAUACACCUCUGGAGGCGGGGCUUGGCUUCACCUGCAAACUGAAGAGUUCUAUCCCGUUCCAGGGCCGUGAUAGGCUGGAGAAACAGAAGCAGGAGGGGCUGAAGAGGCGCAUCGUCUGCUUCACCAUUGACGAGUCAGUGAUGACCGAGGCUUUAUUUGCCUAAACACAUAUAUCAUUGUUGAAAUACGUGUUAAAGCACUGUUUUAGAUUCACUUCCAUUCAUUCUAUCUUUCCUUUUUCUCUCUUUUCCAGGAAAGUACCGAUGUUUGGUCUGGAGGCCGUUUUUCGUAACGGCGUUCCUGUUGGUCACCUACGGCGUUCGGACUAUGGCUUCUUUAUCGACAAAACAAUCGGUUAUGGAUACAUCCGCAAUCCUGAUGGAGGCGUGGUAAAUGUCUGACACACCCAAGCCUUAACUUACAAACAUGAUUCUGCCUCUCUAGUUAUAGCAACUUUAGUAACAACCGCACAAUAGCAAUACACAGCGGUCUGAGGAUCCAUAGACAAACCUCAACCAAAACGCCACUCUUUAGCCACAAAUAAUGCUCAGAACAGCACCUAACUUCAUCAACAGUUCAUAUAGGGUCCCAGCCACAGCACUAGCCAUCAAACAUCUUUUUAGCUUUGCCUUAUUUCUUUAGCAAAGAGACUAAACACAACUCACCUACUCUCUUCCAGCAGCCGCUUGUUUGUAGGGAGACCUCAGACGAGUCCAUCAUCGACUGAAGUGGGGUGAUGCAGCUCAAGGAAGAACAUUUAUGAUCAUUUCUUCAUGAAAAUGCAAUCAGACCGAGACGCUAAGGCAGAAGAACUACUGCGUCUGCAGUACAAAAUGAUUAAUAUGAUGAUUAUUACUUCGAGGAAAUGAUCAUAAAUGUUCUUCCUUGAGCUGCGUCACCCCGCUGCAGUCGAUGAUGGACUCGUCCGAGCUCUUCCUACAAACAAGCAGCUGCUGGAAGAGAGUAGGUGAGUUGUGUUUAGUCUCUUUGCUAAAGAAAUUAGGCAAAGUUAAAAAGAUGUUUGGUGGCUAGUACUAUAACUGGGACCCUAUAUGUACUGUUGAUGAAGUUAGGUGCUGUUCUGAGCAUUAUUUGUGGCUAUAGAGUGGAGUUUUGGAUGAGGUUUGUUUAUGGCUUCUCAGACCGCUGUGUAUUGCUAUCACGCAGGCGUUACUAAAGUUGGUAUAACUAGAGAAGCAAGUGGUCGGCAACAUUCAUCUAUGGAGGGGGUGUCUAACUCUGUGUUACGGUGUAUUUGACCCUAAACUUAUUUCACGUCGGAAUAUCCCUUUAAAUGCUGUAGGUUGUUCCAUAUUCUGACUGUUUUUUUGCAACAAAGUUUUUCAGUUUUUUAGGUCUCUAAAUUGAUGAGUUUUAUGUUAUGUGACAGUUGCUUUAGUGCACUUUUUCUUAUUUUGCUAAUUUUUAAAACCAUGAGAUCCAAAUGGUUAUUUUAUUCUUAUAUAAGUUUUAUUUUGCAUACAGUAGUGUGGGUCUGUGAGUGGGUCUGUGUUUUGGACUGUCUGAAAGGUCACUUAGCGCCAAGUUCCAAGUUUUAACGGCCAGCAUGCAGCUCUUUGUCUGAGUUUCCCUUCACAUAUUGAAACAGAUGCACACACAGACUAACAGAUGGAAGAUCAAACAGGAGGUCUGAAGCAGCGAGAGAGAAGAGGGAGACAAAUAGUCAUGGCUUGAAGUGCUGUGCUCACAGGCAAAUUUACUUUUUUUUUACAUUCUGAAAACUAGAGCAAUCCUGCUGUGAUUUGUCUGAGUAUUUAGAUCUGUAUCAAGGAGUCUGUGCUCAACAGACACAAGAAAAAUUAUGUGCGUGUCUGUGUGUGUGUGUGUGCGCAGUGGUUUGUGUUUGAUAGCAUGUCAAAUUUGUGUCUGUGUGUUCGUGUCAUUUGUUUAUUAUCCAUCCCUGAGCUGCGACCAGCAAAACAAAGCGGAUUGACACUUGGCUGUGUGGAGCACUUCAGUUUAGAGAUGCGCUCGUAUAAACACAAACACAAAUGUACACACAAACACCGGUCUGUGACGUCCGGUCUGCUGUCACUCAGUAUUACAGGUCACAUCCUCUGAGAUCACAUCAGUAGCUUCAGCAGAAAUGCGUAUUUACUUUUCUACUAGGGGACAUUCAAGUGUCUGCGCUCCUCUGUGUGCUUGAUCUCCUUCAGUUUCUGUCUUUCUUUCGUUUACUGUAGGCUCCUCUGUUUUUUACCAAACGUGUCCUGAUUGUAUCUCCUUGUGCAGCUUCCUUAAAGAGGCAUUCAAAAACACGACAGUCACUCUGACAAAUACAGUUGACAUUGACAAAGAGAUUAAUGCUGAAAAUUAAACACAGGAUGAUAACUUAUGAAUGUGACUGUUUUUGACUUUGAGAUUUUUAGUCAUUUUUUAUCUGUAUAAAACCUUUGACAAUAAGAGAGCGAAAGACAGGGAGACACGAUAGGCCCCUCCUAAUAGUUGGCUAGUGUAAUCCAGAUCAGCAUCAUCAGUUCUACGUUGUUAGCAUAGACUGUUUAUACUAUGGACAACUUGGUUCCGCCUUCCGCCUGUAUACGGAUUUGAAGCUGAAAAGCUCUCAGUAAUUCUGCGUUCCAAAUAUAAUCCAAAACUCUGACAGACUCUUGGACUAGUGUGACAUUAAAUAACCACUUUGGGUCAAGUCUAAGGUAGGGUCACAGAGCCCCUCAGUUUGCUGCAUUUUUGCUCUAAAGGAAGAAAUGAUCAGGGAUCCAUGAUUGCCCAUGAACACUGUAAUGCAGUCAAGCUCUGGUAAAAGAUGUCAGUGUUUAUCGCAUGUCCAUUGAAACCGAGACAAGGUCACCGACGUCCAUCCUUUGCUUCACAUCAUAUCCGUCAGACCUUUUAAGCUGAAGUAAAGACAGCUUUGUCCCUGGCCUUUGACUGCACCACUUUACUGCCCCCUCCAAAGCUUUCAGCAUAGAUACAGUAAAAACUGAGUGGUGCUGAGAGAGAGAGAGAGCUCUGUGUGCGUGUGUGUUUGUGUGUGUGUGUGUGCAAAAGAGAGACAGAGUGACAGAUGAGUGGGAGAGCUGCAGGGAGGGAAAAGGGGAGUCAGUCAGUGAAAAUUAGCUCUCUGGGUUACGAGGCAGCUGACAUUGACUCAUGACGGGAUGAAUUGCUCCCAGUGUUUUAUAACUCCUGCGCACUUCUUUUCUGUCACAGUUGAAGGCUGUGAGAUUGUCCGUUAUGAAGAGCUCUGCCAGUUUGGAGCACUUUGGUUUUUUUACAGAGUGUGGACUAAUUAGCCAUCUCAUUUUCACUCUAUUUUAAUCUCCAGUGUCUCCUCGUAUUCCAAAAUAUAAAUUCCCCCCUCACUCUUUAUUUUUAUAUCUCCGUCUGUCGGUUUUUGCCUCCUGUAUUCAUGCAAUCUCACUGUCUCACUUUCCCUCUGUCCUUUACCAGGUGAGCGCUGACUUCAUCAAGACUGGCGACUUCACCCUGGAGAGGAUGGGAGUGACGUACAAGGCCAAGGCCCACCUCAAAUCUCCAUUUGACCCCGAGAAUAAGCGUGUCAAAGGCAUCUAUGCUUGAAGAAGACCACACAUAUAGAAACUGAUAAGAGCAACAAGCUCCUGACUGAAGAGGGGUGCAGCUUUUACAUGCAGAUGCAUCUGUCUUAAUUUUGACCUCUCUGUGAAGUGUUGGGUAUCUGGAAUAAUCAUAAUCUUAUUCAUACCAUAUCUGUAAUUUAAUCGCCUUAGAGGGGAUUUCACUGAACAAUGUGCCCAUUUUAAAAUGUCGCUUCUUCCAGAUUAUAUAAUAUAUAUCAAGACCUGAAAAAAGUGCUUACAUAAAUUUUGAUUCUGUGUUAAGAUCCAAAUUUUAUACCUACUCUGAGUUUGAGGGUAGAUAUGUUUUCAUAGUUUUGUUAAAACUCCAACAUGAGCAGUAGGAUGUUUUCUCUUAUAAACUGUGAUGGAGGACUGGACAGACCUCUGGCCCAGUGACCCCGUGGAUCAAGGGACCCUUUAUCAUAGCCUCUGCCGAAGUGACUGUUUACACUUUUUGUAGGAAGGUCAGUGUAAAUGACUCAAAGACGCACAAAACAAUGAAGUAAAAGGAGUUAAAGAAUAUGAAGAGAUAGAAAACUACCAUAAAGUAACCACAAAGAGACUCUAAACAACCACAACAAUGAGCAAAAUGACCACAAAGAGAUUUAGCAAAAAUUUAGCAAAAAGAAACAGCAAUGACGUCAAAAAGACACAGAAAAACAGAGACAAAAAUAACAUUGAAGAGGAAAAGUAAUAUAAAGUAACAAAAACAAGAUCAAAGAAACACAAAAUAACAUCAAAAAGAAAAAACAUCAAAAAGACAAAAUAAAACAAAAAGUACUAAGAGACAAAAAUGCCACAUCAUAAAAGCCAAAAACAGAUGGAAAAUGAUAAUAGUGGCAAAAUGAUUACAUAACGACACAAAACAAUCAAUCAAUUAAUCUUAUCUAGAUCAAAAAUAUGUAGAACAAUAACAGAGACACAAAAAUCAACCACAAAAAUCAAAACAUCAAACAUUGGCAUUACUGUGGGGGAGGGCCUUUUUUAUGUUUGUGCCAAAUGGGUUGUUGACUGACAACAGACCCACAUGUUUACUUUUUUGAACUAAAAAUGGCUCAUUUGAUUAUAGCACACGUUCAAUAAGAUGACAAUUAAGUCCUAAUCCUGUAGAUUUAUAAAUAGCAGCAAGUGACGAGCUUUUAGCCUGUUUCAGAUAAAGAAACUAAACUGAAUCUUUGUAUAUAGGAUGCUAACAAAAGUCAAAUCAAGCUAACUGAGAAAAAGUCUUAAAAUGUAACUAAUCUAUGUCACUGAACCUAUGCCAUGGUACAGCUUCAUAUUUGAGUUACAGUGGGGAAUAAAACUCUCAUCAUGUAGCAGCAGGAUGAUAAAAACAUCAAGCAGAAAAGGAAGUUAAAUCCACAAACAGAAAAAAACUCUUAUUGUCAUUGAUUUCUUUUUUAAACAUAGUAACUGAGUAUAUUUUAACACUAGACCAAAUAUUUCCAGUAAAUAGUAUUAAGCAUUGCCUCAAAAUAACAUUAAGUCUUAAUCUAUCUUUUUGAUAAUCCAGCAGCCAGUAUGGCAGGGAUUUGAAGACAUUUGUACACUUGUAAGAGAGUGCAGAUAAGGAAAAAUCUAAUAAAAUCUGAAUCAGUGGGGAGAACCUUUAAGUGCUUCAACCUGGUGCAGACUUUUAUGGAAAUGGAGCAAUAUAAAAGCUGAGCAUCAAGUUUAAUUUUGUACUUUAUAAUGAACCAUUCCCCAAUGGUAUAGAAAAUAAAAAAGUAUUCUUUAACUUUAUGCCAGCCCUUCAGGCAAUUAGAUUCAGAUUACACUGAGUGAUGUUUGUGCUGAUUGAGUAAAAACAGAGUUUAAAGAACAGACAGUCUUAAUGUUUAUCAGAGUUGGAGGAAAAGGAAGAAGAAAACACCCCAAGGCACAUUUAACCAGCGAGGGACAAAACAAUGCUGCAGAAAAAUGGCAGAAUAAAAGGAAAGUUAUCAGAAAGCCGCUGUCACAGAAAGAACCCCUUUGUUUCCCCGAUCUAGACCCCCUGCCGCUUUGCUCUGCAGCGAUAAACUGCCACCGCUGCUUCUUGUAUGCUCACGUUAUUUAGUUCCUUUUUUUUUUAUAAAGAGACAUGUUGUCAUUUAACGAGGCUAUCUACACACUCAGGCAGCCUUAAGAGCUCUCAUUUUGUCUUGUUUUGCUGUUAAAUCACACUUAACAUUUUGCGUAUCUGCCUCACAGAAAAGCCCUCCAGGAGUUCAGAGGGCAUAAACACUUCUCCCUUUUACUGAGAGCACUUCAACAGGGAAGCAUCUGUAGGAGAUGUUUGGCAGCAGCGGCACAUUAAAACAACCAAAACAUCCUUCAUUAAUACACUAGAUUAAAAAAAGGAAAAAUUAUCUAACAAAGCAGAGCGGUAAGAGGCUGAACUGAUCAGAGGUUUUGUGUGACUAAUGUAAACUUUGAAAAAAUCAACCAACAAAGUGUUUACAGCCGUGUUCUGACAUUUUACUGAUGCUGGCUACAAACUGUGAAUUUUCUGUGCCUUCAUGCAUUGAUAGUGCAGUGAUAUGUAGACACAUAAAAGCUACAACUGCCAAAAAAAAAAGUUGCUCUCUGGCUUCUUUGUCAAUAGUCUCUAUUUUUUAUGGUGAAGAUGAUUUUAGUUUUAGCUGGAAAAUAUUUACAAUCCUCAGGAUCUGUGUGCCUUUGCCUUUGGCAGAUUUUUAAAGCAAGAGGGAACCUAAAAUGUAUCUUUUGGCGCUGACUCGACCUUAUUUUACAUAACAAACAAAGAGUGUGGCCUGUGUAACGCUUGAUUAUUGAAUGCAAAGGACACCCAGAGACAGAAAAAACAAAAAAAGAAGUUUGGAGUACAAGUUUGUGAGCUCUGUUGCGCCUUUAAAACAGGCAGAGGUGGAGGAAAGUCCUUAUGUUGCAAGUCCAAGUCAAGUCUCAAGUCUUGGCUCUCAAGUUCGAGGCAAGUCCAAGUCCUUUGCUCACAAGUCUCGAGUCAAGUCCAAGUCAACACAGACAAGUCUCAAGUCAAGUCCAAGUCCUUACUGUUUCUUUCAAGUCAAAAACAAGUCAUAUCAAAGCCAUAAACCAUUUGUUACAUGUAAAGAUUUACAUAAAUCAUGAGCAUUUUUCACUUUUUGCAUUUAUUAUUAAACAAGGGUUCUUGUUUGUGUUAAGUUACAUAGUGCAGCUUCAACCAAACUAUUUUACAUGUCAUACAAAAAAUAAUCAGAUAAACUUCAAUAAUUGGAAACUUAGACAAUGUGCACAAAGAUAAGGAAGACUCAAAUAUGAUUAAACAUUAAACUGAUACUUUAAUUCACUGUUACAAAACAAAACAAAUGAGAGACACAAGGCAACACGUGGAAACAGGCGGGCAAUACUAGCGAGCGAUUUAUGUUCAGUCCUCCUGUUAUGAGGGAGGCUAGAGUUUGAGACAGUGUUGCCAAGUUUCGUGAGAGAAAUAAGGAAACAGACCUUCAGAAACAAGCCAAAAACAAGCAGAUUUUUUUUGCGGGAAAUACGCAGACUUGGCAACACAACACGGUGUUACCAACGGCCGUAAUUCCUGACUAUUAGUUGAUGCGACACUUUUUAAACGGUUUGGGCUUGCUGUAAGGUGAAGACUUGAAAAGACUUUUCAAGUCACUUGGCUCAAGUCAAGUCAGGUCAAGUCAAGUCUCAAGUCUUUAGCAAUCAAGUCCCAAACAAGUCCAAGUCAUUUCUUGAUCAUCAAGCAAGUCAAAAACGGGACUCAAGUCCAAGUCGAGUCUCAAGUCGAGUCGUCAAGCCCCCACCUCUGAAAACAGGAAGUCAAUGCAGAACUGAGAAAAACUGGGGUUCCUCAAGUUGGCUCCUAAAGCUUAGUUGUACACCCAUAAACACCCAUAUUUCUCACAGAUAAAUUAUGAAUUAUCAUUGCCUGGUAAUGUGAUGUAGGUUUUUAUAUAGCUCAUCCAUAUACAAGUCAAGGUUGAUAGUUAUGUGUAGAUUUGUGUGUUUCCUGGAACUAAAAUGACUGCUGAAUGGCUUGUUGUAUCUAGAGGUCAGCGGCCGCUCUUCAACUCCUCCUCUUUACGUAAAGGUUGACUAAAUGUAAGGUUGAGUCAGCAUCAUAAUCGUAAACCAUGAGACUGUUUCAAUGCAGUCAGUGGUCAAACCUGUUAGUGCUUUAACUCAAUUUGAAGUCUCUUGCUUUAUGAGUUACAUAGACAUUUAUUAAAUAGAAUAUCGUUAAGAUACAGAAAAAAGAGACUAGUUCUGCAUCAUGAUAGCUGUGUAUUGAGCAAAGAUGUGUUAUCACGAGUCAGAUUUAAGAUUAUAGUUUCUGUUUUUGUUUACAUCCACUUCUGCUUUUCUAAAUCAGGUGAAACAUGAACUAAAGUCAAUCACACGUCCCCUUAAAACAGCAGCUAAAACACAGUGUGCAGAUGUACAACAAGACAUUUGUAUGUAUAGGUAGAGCUUGCCUCUCUGAGUGUGUUGCUGCACGUUCAGCACAAAGUGUUUACUAAUGUAGAGUGAUUCAUUGAUUCUGCCCAGCAGGCCAUUAAUCAUUGAAAUGGUUGUUCUCUGUAGUGGCUUAGGUUAAUAACAAGAUUUAUAUAGAAAAUGUGAAGCAGAGCGAUAAAAUACCAUCACAAAUAGUCCUCUGACAUUAAAAAAAAAAAAAGAAAAAACACAAUUGUUUUUUUUUUUUUUCCCCCACAUCAGUUUAUGGGAAUUCUCUUCCCUACUAUACACAGACUGUGAUGUGAAUACUGAAAGGGGUUGAUAAAAGCAGGUGAAGUUAAUUAAUUUAAAUGAAAUAGUAUGAACUUUUAAAUGAAGAGCUUUUAAAUUAGGAUUUUUUUUCAGUUGUUCUUGUUGGUAUUGUCUAAAGAGUUUUUGACUUGGUCUAAGUGGAGGAAUAUGAGUCAUUUUCUGUCAAGUUAAAUCUUGUUGAAAUAAAUGUCAAACAACUGCCAACA